UACAAGGGGAACUGAACCCUGUUCCUUUCCAUUUCUUUAUCCCCCUGAAAAUCAGGUUUGAUAUAUUUUGAAUCAAACACUCUGCAAUUAAAUGAAGUUGAAGUCACCCGUGCCACUGUUUUUGAAUCUGGAGUUUGAGAUCACUGGUGGCAUCCCUGAAGAAGGGAUGGUUAAACGUCCUGCUCAGCAAUUACCUUCCUGGUCGUGAAAGUUCUGAGUAUAGGCCAAAGGCUGCGGUCGAAAGCUGAAGCGGUCGCAACAGAAGGGGCUGAAAGAACAAAUUAUGCGAUUGCAUUUUGUGGUGUUCCUCUUCUGGAACAGGAUGGCUGUGAGAGAGGGUUGUGCUGCCUGUCAAAGCUGGAGCCCCCACUCUCUGCCUUUGUAAUCGCCUGACAAUACAGGAGUAAAAAUAACCAGCCCGCAUUUGCAGAGAGAUAAAAGUUUGCCUUUUGUGUCUCUAUGGGCAGUAGGGCAGCAGCACCAAUGGAGCUGAUAUGACACAUGGGAAUUUCUGACAUAUCUCUCCCUACUCUGACCUUGAGGGACACAAUAAAAAGGGGCUUCACAGCACACACACACACAGUCACUCAGCCCCGUAGCCAAGGUUGGUAAUCAAAAGCAUGUCUGUGUUGCAUGUUUGUUCUGUGCUGUUACCUUACCUUCCUUAGCAUGGCUUUUCAAAAAGAAAAGAGAAUAAGGAACAGGAUGUCUGUGGUUAUCAUGCUAACUCAUGAGGCUGGUGCAGGGUUGGUGAGUUCAAAGGGAAAGAUAAAAGAAUAAUGUGCAUUUAUUAAGAUUUGAGUUCAGUAAAGCCAGUAGCAAUAGUGUGUGUUAUUGAUGUUGUGUUUCCGCAUGCAUGUAUCCUGAAUAUGAGAACUAUUUGUUCCUGUAGCAACUUUUUAUUGGAAUGUUGUCAACAAUAGCCACUUAUAAAACAAUGAGUGGUCCUGCAGGAGUUAAUGGUCUAGCUGCACUCACCACUCUUUUGUAAUUCUAAAUGGAACCUUGUCUUCUUAGGCAUUUAUUUGUCAAAUUAAUGGAUGCAUCAACCAAACUUCUUCACUAGUUUGAUUGAGAGUUCAUGCAAAGCCGGGCUUCCAACCAUCCACAUUACCACUCAUGCAUGGACAGGUCUGCAGAUACUAGCUCAAUCAGAGUAGAAGCAUAGGGACCAUCUGCAGAGAGCUAUCUCUGAGAUAGAAAUUUGCAAAAGUGUAUGGCAGGAGUGGACAGUAGAUAGCUCACAAUCCACUAGUGAACCACCGGCCAGUUGCAAGCGGACUGACCAGUGCUUACAGAUUGUUGGGAUUUUUGUAGAGAAUGUUGAAUAAGUUGGAGCUGGGUCUGAUCCAACAAGUUGCUUCUUAUGUUCUUAAGCAAGGAUGCAUCUUCAUGAUCACCUACUACUGUAUAUAUAUUAGGAGAUCUUUUGCACUCUUGCUUUCUCAUUUAAAACACAUACACGUAAAGGGACCAAAGGGAAUCUUGUAAAAAUAAGCCAUCGUCUCAGCAAGAAGCAAGUCAUCCCAUCACUGUGUUACCAGAUUAAUUAAGCAAAUUGCUAUGUCAGUGAUUUGGAAUAAAGGUGUGAUGGAGUGUACCAGGAACAUAUUGAAACAACUGUUGUUUGCCAUGUAUGAGGCAUGCAUUGGCCAAGAGACAGCUGGCUUUGGUUCACCCAGCAGAAAAGCAGUAGGCUGAUACAUUGGAGUGAGGUAUUUAUUCUGUUUAGAUGUAGUACAAGUUGAUGGACUUAAGCCUAUAGGGACAUACCGGGAAAGAAAGAUAGAAAGAAGAAAGUUCUAAUUCUUCUUUUGACACUGGAAGAAUCUUUUCUAUGUUUAGGUAGGACAGAAAAUGAAUGGAUAGCAUUUUUCUGCAUGGGGGGGAUACUGUGUUUUUUUGUAGCUAACUGGGCUAAUGCUUUGUUUCUGUUCUCUCUUCUCAAUGUUCUAGAGUGUUCAGAUUAUCUGUUUUCUGCUGUUGAGCACUACUCCUUGAGGCAAGAUGUCUAUGUUGGACAUGGCUGAGUUUGGGGAGGCGGCUGAGUACCUCCGGAAAAGUUAUGAGGAGAUGUUAAAAUAUCACAAUAUACCAUUUGAUGGUAAGGCAACUUUUACUGUUCUCAAGGGGCCUUGUAUCCAUGACCCCCUCCCUCCCUUUCUUAUCAAGUGUUGCUAUCAUUUGCUUAUAUGUAUUGGGGCGAUUAUAACCACUCCUAGGAGAACAUUUGUUUACCUAGUGUUGCUGCAGAUUAAAACCCAUUAAUUUCAGAGUAUUUGAAUCAAAUGUUUAUGAAAUCUGAUUACAACUACUGUAUUUAAGUUCUACUAAUCAUACAGCUCCAUUUUGCAAUUUGUAGGUAAACCUUUAGUAAGAUUGUGUUUUUCUUGACGAUUACACCACUACUGUAAUAUGUAAAUUGGACACGUGAACAAAGUACUUCUGGAAGGACUGUGUGAGACAAAAGUAUCUGCUUUCUAGAAACCUGUGGAGAAUUUAGUUUGGGAAGCUGUUUCUUAGCCAUCUGUCACACUAGGGAUAAACAAUUGACUGCAGGAGUAUCCAGAAAUGGAUACUCAUUCUUUCCACCUCUGCCAUUAUCAUAUUACAUGUGGGCUAUUCACUGCCAUUGUUACAAUUUACAGGAGUGAUCUGUUUGGUUUCAGAAUAAGUACCCCAAUGCUAAUGCACAAGGAAUGCAGGAACAUAAUAUUGCUUUCUUUGUCCUAAAAUACAUUUUCCAUCUGACUCAACUCUUAGGCUCACAGGCAAAUCCAGAAACAGGGACAAAUGUCACCGGACAAAAAUCUAGAAAGACCUGCUAUAUUUCAGCAUCUCUUGAAACAAUGUAUUUCUGGAUUGCCCCAGAGCAAACUUCCAUGUGUCUGAUUCUAGAAAUUCCUAGUCCAUUUCUGAAAUCAUUCAAGAUAAUGGUUGCGUACACCCUAUGUCUUUAAAGUACUUUUUGAAGCACAUUUCCCCCUUCAAAGAAUUAUGGGCACAGUAGUUUGUUAAGAGUUGCUGAGAAUAGUAACUCUGUGAGGGGUAAACUCCAGUAGGAAAGAAUACUUUAAAGGUAUUGUGUGUAUGCAGCCAAUUAUUGUCUGCAAUCAUGCACAUAGUUAAUCUACCUAAAUCCCACUGAAGUCAAUGGGAUAUAGGCAGCCUAACUAUGCUCAUAAUUGCAGCCAUUCUCUCUUCUACACACAUCCUUGGAUUUUUUUUAAUCAUAAACAUUUACCUGGCAAAUGCAAGUUGGCCUUUGAUAGAGCUGAAAUAAUUAUGCAUUUGGCCAGGAUUUCAAAAUCUGUGUCCAAUCUUUGUAAGUUUUUUUUAUUUUAUUUUUAAAAACUGAUUAUGUGGGAUACUUGGUAUUUUUUAUCUGUAUUUUAAAAGAUUUAUAAGCCAUUAUAACAUAACAGUGGUGUACUUCUAUAAUCUUAAGACUUCUGGAUACCUUCCAGGGUAUUUAAAACAAACAAACAAACAAACAAACAAACAAACAAACAAAGCCAAGCCAAGCAAAAAAGCCAUAAAACUUAAUCCAACAUCUUAUUUGUUGUCUUUGCAAGUCACUCUAGAAGCCUUUUUCACCUGGAGGGCAGGCUAAAAAUGCUUUCAACAAAUAUAUAUAUGAAUACUAUUAGAGGUAUUACAAAUUUGAAUUUGAAACAUGGUUAUGCAGUAUUGUGCAACAAAUUGGAGUUAGGAAGGCUUGCUUAAAUAUCCCUGCCCCAAUUAUCCCUGCUCUAGCCCUUGAUUCUGAUUCAUGAUUUACCACAUAUUGUAUAAGGUAGCAGCAAAAUACCCAAAUCAAUCGUAAAACAAGAUGGGUGUGAGAAUUACACAUCAUCUUGCAAUACCCAUGAUUUCCAGGUCCAUUGGCUUGGCUGGAGAAUGAAAGGAGGAGAAUACUAUUGUGUUUAGUUGUACUGCUAAAUUUUAUAAGUGCAUGUAUAGAAACUACUAAGAAUUUUUACCCUUAUUGCUCCCUUUUCCGGAGUGCUCUCAUUUCUCUUGUCUCUUUCGGGGGUUAUAAAGGAAAGAAGAGGGCCUGGAUCCCGGAUGAAAAGGAAGCAUAUAUUGAAGUGGAAGUCAAAGAAUCCUCUGGUGGCAAAGUCACUGUGGAAACGAAAGACAAAAAGGUAAAAGAAUUCCAUACUGAUGGGGGGCAGUGAAAUGUGGCAGGGAGGAAUUGAAAAGGAAAGAGAGCCUGCAUGAGGGCAUAUGGCAGAGGAAAGGAGGGAGAUGAAAUAUGCUUAAACAUGUCAUAUUGACCGCAGUUCUUACUGACGCUUCUGUAAUCAUCAAGAAUUAAGUGGUUCUUAUGUUACAGGAGCUUCCUAGGGCUCCAUCACACACUACUCUUCUGGGACAGAUCACACGGGAGAUGCGCAAUGAUCUUGUUUGUUUGGUUGAUGAUGAUGGUAAUUUUUAUUAUUUAUAUGCCAUCCAUCUGACUGGGUUGCCCAGCCACUCUGGGCAGCUUCCAACAAAACAUAAAACACAAUAAAAUAACAUUAAAAACUCCCCUAUGUAGGGCUGCCUUCAGAUGUCUUAUAAAAAAACCCUCAAGCAUGGGAAAUAACUUCAUUAUCAUUCCCUCCCAUGUAGUCUCCCCAGUUAAGACCAGGCUUGAAAUUUGUGUGGCUUCAUCAUUAUUAUGUUGUUUUUUGAAAGCUGGGUUAAGAGUUUAACAUUUCAAUCUGCUGUCUCUAGGGUUCACUUAUACUCCUCAUUUUAAAGGGUGAAUCUCUUUUAGGAUUGAUUAUAGAUUUUCAACUACCCACUGGCACAUGGGCAGGCAAACUAAAGUCUGGGGGCCAGAUCCGGCCCAAUCACCUUCUAAAUACUAAACAUUAGGAAGAACUUCCUGACAGCAAGAGCUGUUUGACAGUGGAAUUUGCUGCCAAGGAGUGUGGUGGAGUCUCCUUCUUUGGAGGUCUUUAAGCAGAGGCUUGACAACCAUAUGUCAGGAGUGCUCUGAUGGUGUUUCCUGCUUGGCAGGGGGUUGGACUCGAUGGCCCUUGUGGUCUCUUCCAACUCUAUGAUUCUAUGAUUCUAUGAUUCUAUAAAUCUGGCCCACGGACGGUCCGGGAAUCAGCGUGUUUUUACAUGAGUAGAAUGUGUGCUUUUAUUUAAAAUGCAUCUCUGGGUUAUUUGUGGGGCAUAGGAAUUUGUUCAUAUUUCCCCCCAAAAUAUAGUCUGGCCCCCCACAAGGUCUGAGGGACAGUGGACCGGCCCCCUCCUGAAAAAGUUUGCUGACCCCUGCACUAGCAUAACAAAGUCCCUCCCCUUCUCUCCUAUCUCUUCGCUGCCCCCCCCCCCCAUCUGCUCUGAAGGGCCAGAAGUUUCCCCAGAACAGUACAGGGAGAGGAGAUUUUGUUCUAUCAGGCAAGCGGAAACUCUUACACUGAUGGAACAAUUUCCUUAGUGCCAUGUUGUAUCCCACCCAUUAUACUUUCCUGAGAACUGUCCACUGACCUGUGAUGGCUUUUAUGUCCUGAACGGCUGUUUACAAAUCUUUUAAUAAAAACAAACAUAAACUAAAAUCCUGGAAUAAUGUGAGGCAAAGACACAAAGGAGCAGGAAUUAUACCACUGCUAUAAUGCAAGAACCACCUGCUACACAGUCAAAUGAAACAAUUAUUAUUUAUUCCAAUUAUUUAUACUGGAAUUAUUUUGCUGGAAUAGGAGCAGAUGCUAUCCUUGCCUGCCUGCCUCCCUCUCACAAUAGUAGUACUGCUACUACUACUCAUAUAGUAGUAACAGUACUCCUACUCCUAAUAUACUUUUAAUUUUUAUAGUGCUUUUUUCCUAAAUAUGAGAGCAACUUCACAUACAUUAAUUCAACAGCAGAACAACAUAAUUUCAAUUUAGCAAUGAAAAAUAGUUUGGUUGUCGAUGAAUUUUAUGACUUUGACAUGAAUUUUCCUUACAACUCAAUCCUUCCAAAUAGCACAAGCAUAUAGUUUCAAGAAGAUUCCUUUUAAGGAAAAGUGUUGAAAGAAUUAGUGAAAUACCUUUCCUUGUCCCCUAAUUUACCCUCAGGCAAUCAACUGUCUCAACCUGACAGCUGUGACAACAUUCCAUAGCCGUAAUGACUUAUUUUGUUUAUCUGGUUGCUACAAUGGAUUUGAUUAUCCAGCUUGGUUCAGGAAAUAAUAGAAAAAUAAUAGGCUAGGUUUUCUUCUCAGAUAAGCUAUGGUCUGUCAAUCUACACACAGGAAAUAGAAAUCACCUAAUUUUUUGUUGUUGUUUUUGUUUUUUGUAAAUGAUGCAUUUAUUGUAGAAUUGUCAGCCAUUAUUUUUUCAGGCAAUUAACUUAACAAGCAAGAUAUCUGUACAAAAUGAUUUUUUACCAUUUAUUCUGAAUUGCUGCUACUGCUGCUAGUACUAUAAAUACCCAUUAGGCUUUUAAAAAGCAAUUUUAUGGCAGUUUACAUUAACCCUUACCAGGCAUUCAAUCUAGGAUAACCAGGCAUUGCAGUGACAGGCUUUGCCCAUAACACACAUAUCUUCAUUAAAUUAUCUGCAGAGAUCUUAUACACAGACAUAUGGACAUGCAAUGCCCUCUGUUAUACCUUCACUAUCUCUAGACUGAAUGCUUGAAAAGGGCUCCUGCAGUGGAUAAGCAAGCAACACAAUGUUGAUAUCUGUGCUUGAUUUCUAUGGUGCUAUAUCUAUUCACAGUACUCAGUUGCUACAUUGAUUUAAAUGGGAAUAAAGUUUGUACUCUGAUUUCUAUUGCCUUUAUUGAGUUGCUCUUCAAGGUGGCAGAACGCUUGAUAGUUAAUAAUCCAGCAGCUGCUAAAAAAUCCACUAGGUCAGUCUCUCAGUUAAUCUUAGUAAAUUAAUAUGAUUAGUCCAUUUAGUUAGUCCAUUAACCAGUCCCCAAUUAAAUUGACAUGUGAGGAAAAAGCAUUAAAAAUCAUCCCUUUUUUGGGAUGAUGGUUGUGUGUGUGGUGCAGCAGACAUUUUUAGAAUAGGUGUCCCCUGUUAGCCUUAUCUGGGCUAAUGUCCUCUAUGGGGAGGAUAAAGUGUGCAGCAGGUGCAGGGGAGCAAGGACUGGCCCUGUCUUCAACUUCCCCACACAUGUUGGCCCUGCGGAAACCACCCUCACCUUCCCACAUUAUUCAGGAAAGGAAAGUCCAAAAAGAAAUUCUAAGUGCAUUGGCUGAGAGCACUUAGAUGCCUUGCUGCAAUUGGAAACCCUGUAUGAUUGAUGUUCCUGGUUAUGGGGAGACUUCUAAGCACAUUCAGCUGAAUGUGUGAACAAUCUUCCUUCCAAACAGCACAUUAAGGUCUGAGGCUACAGCUGGCAGGGAUUACUACAUUGGACCCCACUUUACCCUCAACAGGCAAACAUCCAAAUAGACCUGCUCGGUGAGAGACAGAAAGAAAUACCUAAUUUAAAAUGGUGUGUUUGCCAUCUGCAUUUUUGUUUAUUAUGCAUCGGAAUUAAAAAUUAUAAUCAGCUGUCCAUCAAAUUAGAUGAGGUACAUCGUCACUAAAAAUAUUUGAACCCAUUAAUCAAACUGCUGAAUCAGUUAUAUGUUGCAGUCCUAAUUAAAGUAAUAAUAAUAAUAAUAAUAAUAAUAAUAGUAGUAAUUUAUUUAUAUCCCACCCUCCCCAGCCAAAGCCAGGCUCAGAGUGGCUAACAACAGUAAAAAUAGCACAGUUUACAUAAAACCUUCUCUUGAUGUUGAUUCCACAUCUAAUAACUCUUAUCUUCAAACUUCUACUUCUGAGUGACAGCAAGAUGGCUAAUGGCUUCCUGCUUCACGUAGCUUUUGCUUUCAACCUAGCUGUAGUACUGAGAUUUUCCUUGCAGCUCUGGUUGAUGAACUGUGCAUAAAGGUGAAUAAAACAACAGCAACAACAACAUCAUCAUCCCUAUAUCUUGUUGAUCCAAGCACCUGUAGAUUCAGCUCUACACUUACUUCCCAUUACCUUUUAGGACAAUACACUAAUUUGGGUUACGCUUCUCCACAUCUAGAAUUUUCUUCCCCAUGGAAAUGCACCAGAUGUCAACCACGAGCUCAGAGGUAGAACACACAUUUUGCAUGGAUAAUAUCCCAUGUUCCUUCCUUGGCACCUCCUAGUAUGGCAAGGGAGGACCUGUCUCAGAGACCCCGGAGAGCCACUGUUCUGUGGGGCAAAUUCAAUAAGCCAAUGAUGUUUAUUUAAUAUAUUUCUAUUUUACCAUUUGUUAGCAGCAAGAAUUAAAGCAAUUGACUUAAAACCAAAAAUGCUGGUAAAACAGCAAUAAGAGACACCCAACAAUAAAAACAUCAGCAACAAACCAGCAAUGAACUGAUAAAAACAGUAUUAUUAAAACCGUGGGGGAUCUUCAACUGGUGCCUACAAGUUAUUAAAACAGGGGCUAGGCAUAUCACCCUGAGGAGAGCAUGCUGUGGUUGGCCACCAUCACUAUGAACACACUAUUUGACAUUGGGCUGGGUCACAUGACGCAGUAAGUUAAAGUAGGGCAUACUGAGACUGUGAAUGUGUGGGGUCCUGGAGGGGAGCUCGCAGCCCCUUAGCUCUUCCCUUGUCUUUUUUAGACCUGGACAGUGCUGAGCUAAGCCAAGGUUUGACUUAGCAUGUUUUCUUAGUCUGGGCUCAUGGUUUAGCUCUCUCCUCACUAACCAUGAGCUAUAACCAAGGUUUGUUCCAGGUCAUUUUAUGUUGAUAUAGAUAUACAUUUUAUAGGAAUUUUAAGAAUAUAUUUUAGCAUAUGUUAUACUUCGGCUCCAAUAUCAUUGUUAACCAUCAUGAUCUAGCGACAUCAUGGCUUAGAAUCCAAUUAUUAAUAACCAACCAAAUCAAUAUAAGAUAUAUAACUAAUAUUGUUUUCAAUCCUUGGGACCAGCUAUCUACUUCUCAGCAGACUUCCUCUAAUGCCUAGCUAUGUUUCUUCAAGCUUCCAGGUUAUUUUGUUAUGUUUUUAACCACUAGUCAUGUCUGGCAAGGCUUUCUUUUCAUAUGAGCUUUAACAUUUGUUAAAUGCAAUUCAUUCUCAUCAGGCACAGAUGUGUAAUAUGAUAGUUAUUCCAGUUCUUAGAUUUAUAGGAUCAAACUAAUUCCAGUUAUUAUAAGUAAUGAAUUGUAUACUUCAGCUGUUUGUCUAAAUAACCUCAAACCUUCCUGAUUAAAACCCUGUGGCAUAUUAUUUUGUUUAGGUUAUAUUUAUCCAUAGAAACCCUUGACAGCAGCCGCUGCAUUGCACCACAGGAGCAAUUGAAGUGCAAUUACAGGAGUCACGACAAGAUGUGACUAAGCCCUAUUAAAUCCCUAAGGCUCCACUCUUGAAAGUCAAUGGGAUUUACUUCCAUGUCCCAUAUGUGGAGCUGGGUUGCUGGUCCUUGCCCAAUAAAGUGCUGCGACCAAGAGUCUGUCUUCAUAUAUUUCUAGUCUAGGAGAAAGAGCUGGAGAAUUAAUCUAAAGUGCUCCUUGUGUAUGGCCAGUACCACAAAGGAAGUUUCAUAGGAGGAUAUUGCUGUGGGGUCAAAUGGCUCAUCUGUUGCAUGAAACACAAUGUCCAAAUGUUAUAUGUGAUGACUAGUGGCAGUGCAGCCUUUAGACCAAACUUUUUAAAUACCUCUUAACCAAAAGUGUUCAAUGAAGGGGAAAACCAUCACUUUUAUUUCCUGCUUAUGGGUUUCAACAGCACCUCCUUUGCUUUGCUUUUUGUAGUAAGUAUUACAGGCUUUCAUUACACUCACAAGAUAAGACCAGAGCAGAGAAAACAAAACCAAGGAUGGCAAUAUGAAAAUCUGACACAAACUGCACCUCGUUUUCAAAAUACAUUUUUAUUGGAUUUAAUAAGCAAGAAUAAAUUCCACCAUUCCACCACUGCAGUUCAACAGAAGAGUGACUAGUGGGGUGCCACAGGGUUCUGUCUUGGGCCCGGUCUUAUUCAACAUCUUUAACAACGACUUGGAUGAUGGACUCAAGGGCAUCCUGAUCAAAUUUGCAGAUGACACCAAACUGGGAGGGGUGGCUAACACCCCAGAGGACAAUAUCACACUUCAAAACGACCUUGACAGAUUAGAGAACUGGGCCAAAACAAACAAGAUGAAUUUUAACAGGGAGAAAUGUAAAGUAUUGCACUUGGGCAAAAAAAAUGAGAGGCACAAAUACAAGAUGGGUGACACCUGGCUUGAGAGCAGUACAUGUGAAAAGGAUCUAGGAGUCUUGGUUGACCACAAACUUGACAUGAGCCAACAGUGUGACGCGGCAGCUAAAAAGCCAAUGCAAUUCUGGGCUGCAUCAAUAGGAGUAUAGCAUCUAGAUCAAGGGAAGUAAUAGUGCCACUGUAUUCUGCUCUGGUCAGACCUCACCUGGAGUACUGUGUCCAGUUCUGGGCACCACAGUUCAAGAAGGACACUGACAAACUGGAACGUGUCCAGAGGAGCGCAACCAAAAUGGUCAAAGGCCUGGAAACAAUGCCUUAUGAGGAACGGCUAAGGGAGCUGGGCAUGUUUAGCCUGGAGAAGAGGAGGUUAAGGGGUGAUAUGAUAGCCAUGUUCAAAUAUAUAAAAGGAUGUCACAUAGAGGAGGGAGAAAGGUUGUUUUCUGCUGCUCCAGAGAAGCGGACACGGAGCAAUGGAUCCAAACUACAAGAAAGAAGAUUCCACCUAAACAUUAGGAAGAACUUCCUGACAGUAAGAGCUGUUCGACAGUGGAAUUUGCUGCCAAGGAGUGUGGUGGAGUCUCCUUCUUUGGAGGUCUUUAAGCAGAGGCUUGACAACCAUAUGUCAGGAGUGCUCUGAUUUUUUUUCUUUCUUUUUUUUGGUAAGCAUUUUUCCUUAUUUAUUUAUUUUUUUAAAUAAUAUUUAUCAAUAAUUUCAGAAUUACAGAAAAAAAAGAAAGAAUAAAAAACAACACUACAAGACAUAAAAAGAAGAAAAAACGCAAAACAUAAAAACCAAUACAUCAAUACAGUGCAUAAAAAAUAUAUAUAAAAAUAUAUAAAAAAGGAAAAAAAGAAAGACACAAAUCCCAUAUAACUUCCAUUUGCUUCUUUCAUUGACCUCCUCGCACCUCCCUUUUUGUAUUCUAGUUUAGUUAGUUAUUUCAGCAAAGUCUUUCCAUCUUUCUCAAUUUUUAUUAAAUAAUUUAUCUUAACAAUUUAACCUAUUAAUUAACUCGACAGAUCCUUUCCAUCUUUCCCCAUAUUCUGUUAUUUAAAUUACCUUAUUUUAUUUAACCUUAUCUUACCAUAAAAUACCUUAAAGCUUGAAACUUAAUACUCAUUUAUACAUAACCCCUAAUAUCAUUUCUGCUAGAGUCAUAUAGUUUCAUUCCAACAUUUUCCCUAAUAUUCAUUAAUUUUAGGCUAAUUCCCUAAAUAAAAAGUUUUCUUUAUAAAUUUUCUUCCAAUCUUCAUCCAACGUCUCUUCUUCCUGGUCUCGGGUCGUGUCAGUCCUUACUGUCCAUUCCAUCUAGUCCAUCAACCUGGAAGCCUUAUGUCCGAGGCCCUUAAGUCUCUUCCAUGUCCCUUCUGCAGAUCUUCUUCUUCAUGUUUAUACUUGCACUUUUCCUUGUCUUUUGUUGGUCUCUUUCUUAAUUUCUUUCCUUUCUCGUUGAGGAGUAGGUCUCUGGGGGGUUCCAACCCGAAGUUAUCUCCGUCUCCCUUCAUCAAAUCAGCCCAUUCCCCACAGUCCCACUCCCCACAGUCAUCAAUAUAAUCCAAAAAAUAUUUGCGAGCAUAUUUCAAAGUCUCUCCAAAGUCAAAAGCCUCCUCAGCUCCAGACUCCCCCUGGCCCACUCCAACUUCAAUCUUCAAAAACAACGGCUUAUGCUCCUGUGGGGCCUUGGGCCUCUCCAUUUGUAUUAUUUGAGGUGCAACCGCAGCCUCCUCCAUUGUCUUCUGCACUUGCCCAAUCAAUACAGGUUCCUGAGUUGGACCCUGGAUGAUUUCUGUAUCACUAUUCACUAAUUGUACACAGUUAUUGGCCACAACAGUCAUCAAAUCCAUUUUCUCAUUCAUCAGAUCCAUCUUCUCAUGCAUCUGUUCCAACAAAGCACUUGUCUUGCAUAGAGCAAGCACCAAAACUUCCUUCCAGCUCAUAUUUAGUCAAGGUCAAAAGGACUAAUCCCACGAUCUUAAUCUCACAGCUGUGGCUGCAGCAACAAUUUAGCAAGCUCCCUCUAGAGGAAACAGUUUCUAUUUGUAUCCAUCUUUUUAAGGCAAGUCCAACAAAGAAAAAUUACUUUCAUUUUUUCAGAUAUUUUGUUUCUUUAGAAUGCAAAAGGCAACAUUGGAAUCAGUUUAUUUCUCUUCUUUAACUAUCUGUCAAAAUAUUCCAUUCACAGUCAAUGAACCUCUCCAACAAUUUCUGUCUCUGACACCCCGUUCCCAGGUUAGAGACGGUGGAAACUUAUCUUUCUUCACUCCCUUUCCUGCAGGCGUUACACAAAGUCCCCCCCCCCUUUUCUCCUGCUUCCAGGGGGGUUUCAGUAGUUGUAAAUGAAGGAAAUUUAGGCUUUUUAAACGACUUUCCAGGCUUUAGCUUACAAGGUUUUUGCUUCAGUCUAUAUACAAAAAGCGGAAGGCGGACUUCCUGUUUUGAACCUUCCCGCUUCGAUGUCAAAUUAAGAUAUUUCUUGAUCCAAUUUUCCGUUUCUACUCACGGGUACUUGUUUUAGAUCCAAUUGUCCACAGGAAAAAGUCAGCGCUCUCCGGCGAUGGCUGUGCGGCUUCACUGUCAGGAGUGCUCUGAUGGUGUUUCCUGCUUGGCAGGGGGUUGGACUCGAUGGCCCUUGUGGUCUCUUCCAACUCUAUGAUUCUAUGAUUCUAUCAACAUCCUUGUUAAGAAAAGAAAGCAUUUCUUAAGAAAUCCCUUUACCAAAAUGUUUCUGUUUAAUCCCUGCAGACUGUCGUUGUAAAGGAGGAUGACAUUCAACAAGUGAAUCCUCCCAAAUUCGACAUGAUUGAAGACAUGGCUAUGUUAACUCAUCUCAAUGAGGCCUCUGUGUUGCAUAACCUGAAACGGCGUUAUGCCAAGUGGAUGAUCUACGUAAGUAAGACAAGGGCACCAUGUCAUAUGUCUGAGUCAAAAGACCCAAAACAGAUUUCUCCCAAUUCACAUCCUUUUGCUAUCCCAAAUAGCAAGGUUUGUGUCACAAAAUCCCACCCCACCCCCCGCUUUAACUUCCAUUAUAUUAGAAAUGUUCCCCAAAUUUUGGUUCUAGACACAUAGAGAGUAGCUGUUUGGUACCUUUGAUUAGAUGUUCAUUUAGAAAAUGUCCAGAGAUGUGUGUGAGAGAAUAUCUACAUACAAGUGUUGAUACUGCGUGACUCAGAAGAGUGAGUAAAUAAUAUUUGUUCCCAAGCACAGGUUCCAAUUCAGGUUUCAGUAGCAGGGUUGCAAGCAAAGAGAUUUAACAGGGUGCAUUUUUAAUCUGCAUUUGUUAUACAGUGGUAUCUCGCAAGACGAAUGCCUCGCAAGACGAAAAACUCGCUAGACGAAAGGGUUUUUUGUUUUUUGAGCUGCUUCACAAGACGAUUUUCCCUAUGGGCUUGCUUCGCAAGACGGAAACAAUGUCUUGCAAGUUUGUUUCCUUUUUCUUAACACCGUUAAUACAGUUGCGACUUGACUUCGAGGAGCAACUCAUAGAACGCGGUGUGGUAGCCUUUUUUUGAGGUUUUUAAAGACUUUGGUGAUUUUUGAAGCUUUUCCAAAACUUUCCCGACACCGUGCUUUGCAAGACGAAAAAAAUCGCAAGACGACAAAACUCGCGGAACGAAUUAAUUUCGUCUUGCGAGGCACCACUGUAGUUACUUCAUAUUAGGCUUCAUGACAGCCAGAAAUAAGAUGUUCCUGAGGAAUAAUCACACACAAGUCCAAAAUAUGUUGGUGGGGUGGCUGCCAUCUUCUGUCCCAUCCGAAAUGGGACUAAAUGGUGAUGUAUUUUUACUUUUUUCUUUCCUCUCAGACCUAUUCAGGCUUGUUCUGUGUCACCAUAAACCCAUAUAAAUGGCUUCCAGUUUAUACUGCUCCUGUGGUAGCAGCCUAUAAGGGCAAGCGGAGGUCUGAGGCACCGCCCCACAUUUAUUCCAUUGCAGACAAUGCCUACAAUGACAUGUUACGUAGUAAGUAUCUUAUCCAUUGUCUCAUUGUUGUGGGAAGGAAGUUCAAAGCUAGCAUAGUCUUAGCCAUUGCAUUAAAACAUCCCUAGCGUUGCCCCAACUCUUAUUUGAUCACCUUCAUACUUCUCUUGCGUACCAAACUCACAGAGAGGAAAACAGUCUUUUGUCCCAGAGGCAAUGAAGCUCUUAAUUUUCUAAAUGCUUUCUGUUUGUUUCUCUGUGUGAGAAUUAAUGUAAGAAACAGAGAGAGAGGGAGAGGGAGAGAGAGAAGAUAAGAAGGCAGAAAUUUUGGCGAUUAGAAAAAUGCAUCUUGCGGUGUUUUUCCUAAGCAAGUGCAUUCAGAAAGGGACUGUAGCACUUCAGAAUGCAGAUGUGGGAGCGAUGGCAUGUCUGAAUGUUCCCCUGCAUCAGAAAUUCUGUGCAUAUGGAAUUCAAAUAAGUAAGAAGGUUAAGCUGGAAUUCUAGGGCUGCGCCAGUAUGGUUUCCUUCCCCUGUGCUCUCACAAAAUCUGCCUUGGAGGGUCCGCAACUCCCUUGGGCUGAUGCAGAAGGCUGGAGGGUAGAGGAAGAAGUUCUGUUGUAUGCUUGGAAACCCAUUGCAUCAGCAGAGCUUCUGCCUUGCAUAUUGGUCGUUUUCUUUGAUGUGUUGCGAAUUUAUUUGGCAUUGCUAUAUGGCAGGGGUGGCUAACUGACCUGUGUUCAACCCACUGAGGGUAACACCUAUGUGAAAGUGUGUGUGGCCAAAGUGUGUGUGGCCUUUUUUUUAAAGGGACAUUUUGGGGCAGGAGGGUGUGUGUGUCACAUUUUUUGGCAUCACAGAAUCAAAGCUGAAGACCACAGGAGCACUGGAAAACAAUAAUAAUUAAAUUUUUAAAGAGUCAAAUUUUAGGGGACCUUGGGAGUGCCACAAAAACUAGUUUGGCAUCAUAGUAGCUUGGGGAUGGGGCGGGGCGGUGUACUUACAAGUAUAGGAGAAUAAGUAUGGAAAUAGGGCUAUAAACUUGAGUUGCAGCUGAGUGCUAGCCCUAAUUUCCUUCUCAGCUGGAAUCACUGAGAUAAAACAGGGAGGGGCUACCAGUCUGAGUACAGUCACCUACAGCUGCAGGCAUAUUCAGUAAAAAAAGAACUAGACUGGAAGAAAAGAGUUGAAGCUCAGUAGCAGAACAGCUGCUUUGCGGGCACACGCGCUAAACCCUGUCUGUGGUGCCUACCCCUUUUCCCAAAUGAUAACACAAGAGACCAGAGUAUGGGUUCAAAUUGGCCACAACUUUAUUGAAUUUAGAAGUGGGGAACUUGGCACAGGCCUUGGCAGGUAACCCUCUCAGCCCGCCUGGCUGAGGAUAUGCAGGCAGUUGAGGCCCAGUGGGAGGGGACUGCAAAGCGCAAACUUACACAGCAUGCCCUUCCACUGACCUCGUCCCGGGAGUUUGACCUACAUGCCACCACUCUAGGGCCAGGGACUCCCGGUUUUGCCCUUUAACGGGCCCUGCAAGCGCCGCCGCAUGGGCAGGGAGCAUGAAUGCAUCCCCCCCAACUUGAUGUUAGACUAAAGGCUACCUUGCCAAGGCCUAAAACCGCCACUCGAGGCCCUAAGGGGCCUCACCGCCAAGUCCCACAACCGAGGACCAAUUAAACCCCGCAAUCUAUCUGGUCCCCAAGGGCUUGUCGCAAGUCGCGGAGCUAGAGGUCAUUGCCCAGCGGGGUCAGGUGCACCCCGUCCCCCCGGAAUAGGUCAACUCUAUUUGAUGUGAUGGUGGGAUGUGGGAUAGAGAACCCACCAAUUUGGCGCAUGGUGUUGCGCAUGGCCCUGUUAAUUUUACUCACCGUGUAAUUGAGGCGAGAGGGAUUGGAAGCCCCCCUCCAGUGAAGACGGGGUAGGAGAUUGGACCAGCCGAUGGUCAUUGAUGGGUACAAGGCAUGCAGGCUUUUUAGAUCUGCCCUUGCAGCAAGGGUAAGGGCAAUGCCUUUUUGCUCCACUAGAUCGUUCUCCCCCGCAUGUAUAAUCAAGACCCUUGGAGGGCCAUGGGUCACUGUGGCACUACGCAGCAUGGGCAUCAAGGAAGAGCAGCAAAAGAGGCUUGAGCCCAGGAGUCAGCCUCUUUUCUUUGGCCUUAGGCCCACCCCCGGCCCGGCCGUCCAUUGUCCUCCCUGGCCGAGGGCGGGUCAAAGGCCAGCUCAGGCAGGUGGGUGGCACCCGCCCAGGUGAGCCUCGCUUGGUGCCACAAACCCCGCCCACCUGUGGGGAAAGGAGGGCGGAUAUUGCCUGCAGACAGUGAUUGGUUCAAUCCCUGUCAUCUCCAGGUAGGGCUGGGAAUUAUUUCGUCUGAAAUCCUGGACAGCUGCUGCUAGUCAGUGUUGACACUAUUUAGCUAGAUGGACUAAUUGUGUGACUCAGAAUAAAGCGGCUUCCUAUGUAGGGAGGGAUAGUCAGGUUGAAUCCUAGUUAAGUCCCAUCAUGAUCUGCCUACUGGAGUGGAGGGAACUAAGGCCAAAUUUAUUACAGUGGACGGUGAAGUGUUCAGAUUCACACCAUACAUUUAAAGCACAAUGAUACCACUUUGAAACAGUAUUGGCUUCCUCCAAAGAAUUAUGGGAGCUGUAGUUUGUUAUGGGUUCUAAGAAGUGUUGGUGCUAAGAAGAAGACGCCAUGUUCCCCUCACAGAGAUAUAAUCCUCAAGAAUGGUUUAACCAUCAAUUUCUCUUCUCAGCUAACUAGGAAUUGUGGCUCUAUAGUAGGGGAUAACAGUAGGGGAUAUAGUAGGGAUGCUAAUGACUUUUAGCAUACUGAACAAACUACAGCUCCCAGAAUUCUUUGGAGGGAAUUCAUGACUGUUUAAAUGUGGUACCAUAGUGCUUUAAAUGUAUGGUGUGCAUGUGGCCUUAGUGGAAUGUGCACACACAAAAACUAUGAUGUUAUGGACAGUGUUGACAGUCAACAGCAAUUUUUCAUAUAGCUUAACACUGAAAAAGCAAAGCAGUGAUCAGAUUGUGCUAGGAGCUGCCUGUCUGGAAGCAAAUACAGUGGUACCUCGGGUUAAGUACUUAAUUUGUUUCGGAGGUCUGUUCUUAACCUGAAACUGUUCUUAACCUGAAGCACCACUUUAGCUAAUGGGGCCUUCCACUGUUGCCGUGCUGCCAGAGCACGAUUUCUGUUCUCAUCCUGAAGCAAACUUCUUAACCUGAAGCACUAUUUCUGGGUUAGCGGAGUCUGUAACCUGAAGCGUAUGUAACCUGAAGCAUAUGUAACCUGAAGCGUAUGUAACCCAAGGUACCACUGUAUGAAGAACCAGUGGCAGAGCCUGAAAGUAACUGUUUGAGUCUAACAGUCCUGCUUCUUGUCUUCCAGAUCGUGAGAACCAGUCUAUGCUCAUCACGUAAGUUCUGUCUUUAUAAGUCCAUUUUCUGUUUUGUAUUGCCUGCAAGCUAGGGCACUUCCAAACUAUUUUGCGGUGGGAUUCAAUCACAUACCGGCAAAUACAAGUUGUCCAAUUAUAGUUGACUGUGAGCUCUUGUGCAACCACAAAGGCUGUGGCCUUUUGCUAUAAAGAAAGUGACAGGAUGCAGUGGAAAGGGUAGGAUAACCCUUCCUUUGAGGCAACAUCAUCUAUCCUCCCUGCAAACAAUUCAGAGUGAAUUAAGUAGCCAGCAUCGUUUAAUCUCCCUGCAAAGAAAUGAGGACGAAUGUAAAUAAACAGGUCAUCUGGGAGUGCCUUUAAGAUGCAAGGUCUGAUAUCCUUUCCUGGUCUCACAAUAUUGGUUAUGCAUGAAAAGAAACUGCAGGCAGAGGAAACGCCCCUGUCUCCCUGUUUGAGAAAGCCAAAUGGUUUGGCUGCGCUGUAGGAUCUUUACACUCCCUUCAGUUUGUUGCCUAAGCACAAGCACACACACAUGGCAGAAUUUCUGGCUCUUGCAUGUCAGCUAACAGCUGCUAUAGCCCUUCCAGGAGUGCACUGCCAACAAAAAGUAGGGCAGAAAAUUCCUCUCAUUGUGUGGCUGCUCAUAUGUUGUUUAUUUGUAUUUCCUGUCUGCUUCUUUGAAUGUGUCUAGUUAUUACUAGGGCACAAAACUGGGGUGGGCGGUGGGGUAGGUCCUGUUCAACCAAUCCAUUUCCAUAGCAAAUAUCCCAAGAUGGCAGAGUGAAACUAAAACAAGCCUGCACAACUCAUGACCCAUGAACAUGACACUGUUCAGCAAUCACGUGUUGCAUCUUGCCAGGUGUUCCGUAACAGUUCCCCUAAGAACGUCAUAUUGGAACAUAAGAUGAGCCCUUCUGGAAAGCCAGCCAUCAUGUUUCCCCAUGUGGCCAUUCGGAUGCCUCUGGGAAUCUCACAAGGACAUUGGUGCAAUAGUAUUCUCCUCCUCAUGUUCCCCAGCAAUGGGUAUUCAGAUAAUGUAUAGUCACCCUGCCUAGUUUUCAUUGCUAUAACCUGGUAUUGUGGCUGCUAUCAGACAGUAAGAAAACAUGGGUUUCUUCCAUUGCCUGAUGUGGCUGGUGGGCUGUAUUCAGCUUGGAUGGUCACAGGGUGUGCAGGCCACCUGAUCACAAGCAAAAUAUUGCUCUCUUAGAGUGACACAUAUCAUUUUCACCGUUUCACUUUUAACUCAUAGAACUCAUGGAGUCAACCUCCAAAGAAAUUGGGGAGCAAUGCAUAUGUGUGGAUAAGGAUGGGGGGGAAAUUGUAUUCAGGUUCUCAUUUGAAGCUAAAUCUCUCAAAUCCACACUUUCCAAAACAAUAUGCAAACUGAAACAUGGCUAUGCUUUGAAAUUCUCUCCCGCACACAUACAUACAUACAUACAUACAUACAUAUGCAAAGUGUGCAAAAAUGGAUGUGAAAAAGAACAAAAAAUGCAUUUUACUAGGGAAAAUUGCUUCAAAAAAUGUGCACAUUAGUCAAAACUGCAUCCAGAAAUGUGUUUAUUGGGGUACAUUUGCACUAAAAUGCUGGUGGAUUUUCAUGAGGAUUUAAAAAUAAAUAAAUCACAAAUUGCUGCAAAAUGUGGAGAACUGAUUUUAAGAUUGGAAAAAUGAGAAACUAGGACAAAAAAAUUGACAGAUCCUUCCAUCCCUAGUGGGGUGGUGGGAUUAAAAGAGAGACUAGAAACAUGGUGUGGUUGCCCUAUGAAGGAUAAUGACUUGAAGGAAGGAGACAAGGUUUAGCUAAGUAGGGGUAGAGAAAGAGGCAGCUGAUAGGAUAAGGGGAGGAUAGGAAAUGGCUACCUCACAGCUGCGGAGGAAUGUUGGGGUGGCUGAGGCCCAAUUGUAGAGGAGCGAGAAGGAGGAAGACAUGAUAACCGAAACAGCCAUGUUGAGGAGGCUAUAUAAAGCCUAGUCUAGUGCCAGAAGCCCCUGACGCUUGAAGCUUUGGCCAUGGCCUAAUUAGGUAAAGCAGGGGUUGAUAGCGUGCAAUGUUUGGCUUUUGUCCUACAGAGGCCUCGCUCCCCCCACUGCCGAGCAUGUCUCUUUGUGUGCUGGGAUUACAAUGGAAGAACAGCUAACUAUAGGCAUGAAAUCAAUGCCAGGCCAGUGCCAGAGGGCUUUGCAGAGAAAGGGGCAGGAGGGAGGGAGAUACUAGCCUGCUGAUGUGAUAAAGAAGCCUGGACCCUGGAGCCAGCCUGCUGGACUUGGGCCAGGAAUACUUGGAGGCCCUGCCUCUAUUCCACGGAUGAACUAAAUUUUCUCUGGAUUUGUAUCGAAAAGAAAGGAAAAUCUAUUUCCUCCUCCUUUCCAGUAACUUCGUGAGAAGUGCAUUUUCUGCUUGAGAUAAAAGUGGAAGUUUAUUAACCACCUGUAGCCAGUUCAUUUUUGCCCAUAGUAAAAUGGCCCAUUGGAAAAACAAGUUCAGCUGCCUUGUUUCCUUUUCCAUUUAAAAUGUGCCUUGUAAAAGCUCUUACAAGAUAUACACUAAGAAUCUGCACUCUUUGCAGCCCUGUUUAGGGAAGUUUUUAAUGGGUGACAUUUUGAUGUAUUUUUCAUCUUUGUUGGAAGCCGCCCAGAGUAGCUGGGGAAACCCAGCCAGAUGGGUGGGGUACAAAUAAUUAAUAAUAAUAAUAAUAAUAAUAAUAAUUUGCCGUUGCUCUAGGAGCAAAAUGUAGGUGCAUUUACAUCAGGGCAAGGGGUUGAACCUGUGAUUCUUCCACUGGCAUCAUAAUCGGCCAGCAUUACUGAUGGUCAGGAAUGAAGGGAGUUGUAGGCCAAUGAGGCCACAGGUUUCCUUAUGCUUGAACUACAUGUUCGCUGCUCCCUCAAAGGCAGCCCUUGCAGCACAAGGAACCCAUGUGUGCCAAAUCUGAUAUAGGUCUUUCAGCCUGCAGGUGGGGACACGUUUUCAACCCAGCAGGAACAUCAGUUUCCCACACCAUUUCGGAAGCAAUGUCAGGACAGCUUUCCCCCAUGUCACAUCACCUUUGCUUUUUGGGGGGAACUUCUUCUACCCUGGACAACUCUCAUUCAAAUGCCCCCUGCAUGCCAGAUGCCACCAUACCCAAAUAAACAACCCUAAACAACCCUCCCCACAUGCCCCCCAACUCUGCUGUAUAUUUCUGGCUGGGUGGGAUUUUGGUUGGCUGUUUCUGUGUGCCUGUGAAAUAACCUUUGACAGUGGUUGCUUCGUGUUCUUGAUCUGUGUAUUUCUAUUACUCUAAGCGGAGAAUCUGGUGCUGGUAAGACUGUAAACACCAAGCGGGUUAUUCAGUACUUUGCCAUUGUCGCAGCCCUGGGUGACUCUCCGGGCAAGAAAGGAGUAAGGCCCUCAUUUGAAAACCUUUUUUUCCCCUUUUUCUUUUUGGCUGUUUUCUUUUGUUCAUUUUUGUUUUGUUUUGUUUUGGUCUUCUUUUGUGUUUGGCAGCGUGCGUGGUGGACGUGACUUUUUCUUUUACUUUGAAACAAGCAAGGCUUGAAAAAAUUGCUUUGAGGGAAAAGGUUUCAUAAAGUGGGUGCUGCUAAAAACCCCAAGCAGUGGCUGCUUUACGGAAUUUUUAAGUCACUGGCUUUUUCCUCCACUCCACAGUUUUUCUUUUCUGAAAAUGGGGGAAAUUCCCCAAGGCAUUCUUGUAACUCUUUCUUUUAAGCCUUGCUUUUUGUGAUCCCCUCCCUCCGUUAUCUAUACUGUUCCCUUUGAUUCUUUUUCAUCUUGUAUGUUUUCUGACUCUCUUUCUUCUUCUUCUCACACUCCUUUUUUCCUUUUCCUUUUCUUUUUAAAAAUACCCUUCUUACUUCUUGAUUAUUUUUGGACUUGGGUUACGCCAAAAGAAAUUCACCAGCAUUGUUUUCCUUCCCUGGAUUUUGAUUUUAACCCUCUUGCUUCUUGAUGCUGUUCUUGAUCUUGAUCUAAUCUAUUUAACAUAUUUUAGUGGGUUUUUUGAAUAAUAAAAAGUUGGGUUUUUAAAAUUUAAACAGUUAAGCUUUUUUAACAUUCUUCUGGACAAAUCUGAAAUGUCCUCCUCUUUGGAUAGAACUUUCUGUGAAACUGGUUUUAUAUUUCUGGAACUGUAAUGCUAUUUUCUUAUCUUUUGUUAUAGCAAGCUCCUGCCACUAAAACUGGGGUAAGUAUUUAAAAGAAAUAACUGACUUUAUGUUCAAAGGCAGAGAGAUGAAAUAAUACCUUAUUAGUUCCAAGAAAAUGGUACCUGAGGAGCAGGCAACAUGAUCAUCAUAUUCAUGGCAGCUCUUUCCAGUCUGUGCCUGCUCCUUGCCUGUGGCUAGUUGGCCAUAUGAAGCAGAAGCUGUGCAUAUGAUCAAACGUUUUGUGCACUGACUUCCAUUUUGGACCAUUUGAGCAUUUGAAAGCUUUGGUCUUGUGCAUGGCACAGUAUUUCUUUCUGUUGUUUAGUCAUCUUAAUCAUAUUCGACUCUCCGUGACCCCAUGAACCAGAGCAUGCCUUGGAAACUCUCACUUUCUCCUCAAAGCUUCUCCUUUUUUAUGUCCAUGGAGUUUUCUUGGCAAAAUACUGGAGUGGUUUGCCAGUUCCUUCUCCAGGUGCAUCACAUUUAGUCUAAACUCUCGGCUAUGACCUGUCCGUCUUGGGUGGCCCUGCACAUCACAGCUCAUAACUUCCUGGAGUUAUUCAAGUCCCUUCGCCAUGACAAGGCAGUGAUCCAUGAAGGGGACAGUAUUUCUAGACUUUUAUUAUAGUUGAUUGGGAGGUCUCGCACAACAAACCAGCUUCUCCAAAAGAUCAGUUUCGUGUAAGGUAACAUUUGCCUUGGCCCAACAUAAUCUAACCUCCCUGCAAACAAAUCAGGAUGCAUGUUCAGUAAGCAGAUCAUCCAAAAGUGCCUACGGUGGCUGCAUGUGACCACUUGGCACCAGAUGCAGAGCUGAUACAUGUGGCAAUUUUAGCUGACCACUACAAGCAGAGUGAUUGCGUGAAUCAGCAUUUCUGGCUUCAUUCUAGUGUCCAGAAAUAUAUCCUAUAUAAUAUAGGACUUUGUUAACAUACAAAGCAUCUCACUAAAGGAAUAUUAUAGGGUGUUUCCAAAAAUCUGUAGAAAAGCAACAACUCUUCAUUCUUUGCCUUUAAUCUGCUAAACAGUAAAAUGUGUGUGUAUUUCAAUAGUUGUUUAGAUAUUUAGAAGUUGUUCAUUUUAUUCUAGUUCUUUUGCUCCUCUCCGAUAAUUCAGUACUGUGGGGUGGUAGUCAACUAAGUUUUACUGAGAGUAGACCCACUGAAAUUAAUGGAGCUAACAGAGGCCUGAUUGUUUCAAUGGAUCUAAGCUUAACCAACUUCUUUGGCAAUCAUUUGUAGCCAAGUUAGAUUGUCUUCCAUGAGCAUGGUCUUUACAGUAGAGUUGCCGUAUUUCAAAAAGUGAAAAUCUGGACGUUUUUGAGUUAUUUUUGAGGGAAAAUAACACUGCCGACACGGGCUGUCAUACGUCUGGAUUCUCGCGGACCUUUCGCCAAUUUUCACCCAGACACUGCUUGUGGCUGUAGUAUUCCGGAUAUAUCCAGGAAAUUCUGGACGUAUGGCAACCUUACUUAACAGUGAGUAGUGGAUCUUACUCCCAGGAAAAUGGGUAUAGGAUUGCAUACUUAGUGCUUUCUAAGUUUCCCUUCAUCUUUUAAGCUUUAAAGGCAUGAAAAAGAAGAGGCGUCUUUCCUUUCCUUUUGAAUGAGAGGUGGUAAUAUAAAAUGUAAAUCUCCAUUUUUCAGAACACAUCAUUUCAAUGGUGUUGCAUUCCAAGCCAACACAAGAAGCAUAAUUAGAAGCAAACAAAUCCUCUGUCACUUUUGUAUUAAUGGCCCAGAUUAACUAUCCAAGACUGAAUUUACACCCCACGUUUGUGGUUCAGGCUCCUAUGUCCAUCUGUUCAUUUCUGACAUACUGACACCUUCAUAAGUAGCCUGAGGGUGCUUCCAGAUGGAGGCAUAAUACUGUAAACUGGGAUGUUGCACAUGGGUCUUUGGCAUCAGUUGUUGCUGCUUUUUUGUUUUUGUUUAAAUAAUAUUGGAUUUUCUCUGGAAAGGGCAAAUCCAGAUUAAAGGGAAGGCAGGGAGAUAUGAGCUGGUAUUUUGAUGACAAUGGCGUCAUGUGGACACUGUAAAAAAAAUAAAAACAACCUUCAUACUUGCGGAGUGCUGAUCCCACAAUAAACACCCGUCUGGAAGAACCCUGAUACUUCCUUUGUAUGUUCUCUCUCCCUUCUCCAGUAAGAAGCAUUGUUCUCUCUCAUUUCAUUGCUUAUAUGUAGUCUCAGAACAUCUCUCAAACACAGUGUUCCAGAUUCCAGAAUGUAUGUGGCUCAAGCUGCCUCCAAAAUAUGAGUGGACUCUUCUAGAUAUGGGUAGCCAACAUACUGCCCUAGAGAUGUUUUUGGAGUGCAGCUCCCCUGAGCUCCAGCCAGUCUGGCCAGUGGUCAAGGAUGAUGGGGUUUGUACUUCGACAACAUUUGGAGGCUACCCUUGAUUGAGGGUUAGAGAACCUUUCUCAGCCUGAGGACUGCUUUCUUUUCUGGGCAGCCUUCCAAACGCCACAUGCCAGUGAUUCAGGAGGCAACUGCUGAUAUUGGUCAAAGUUUAAGAAAGUAAUGGCAUCCUCUACGCUGUGUUCCUCAUCUUGCUCUCAUCAGUAUUCAGAUAAAUCUGGCUUGCAACACUGGGUAUUUGAACUAUUCUAUGUUUAUGUGACCUAGGGUACCCUUGAAGAUCAAAUCAUUGAGGCUAACCCUGCUAUGGAAUCCUUUGGCAACGCCAAAACCCUGAGAAAUGACAAUUCCUCACGAUUUGUAAGUAUUUUUUAAAAAACAAAAGUACAGUACAGAGCAUUUAUACAGGCAGUAUGGUAUGCAUAUGUGGUUUUUUUGGGUAAGCCUAUACAGUGGUACCUCAGGUUAAGUACUUAAUUUGUUCUGGAGGUCCGUUCUUAACGUGAAACUGUUCUUAACCUGAAGCACCACUUUAGCUAAUGGGGCCUCCCACUGCUGCCGCGCCACAGGAGCAUGAUUUCUGUUCUUAAUCUGAAGCACUAUUCUGGGUUAGCGGAGUCUGUAACCUGAAGUGUAUGUAACCUGAAGCGUAUGUAACUCGAGGUACCACUGUAGAAAUAUUUAUGACAUAAUGAAGCGUAUGAAACAAACUAUUUCCAUAUCUAUAAAUUCUCUUAUUCAUUAGCUUAGCAAAUUAUAGUGACGUUUUGAUAUUUGGAACAGAGAAAUCAGCCUCUGAGGAAGGGGAGUUAUGACCAAACACAAUAUGAUUAAAAUGUGAAUGCAAUUAAAGCUGCACAUUUAUGUUAUGGAAAUAGCAAGUAUGGGAAAGCAUGAGGAGCCUUGGGGCUGUGUGAAGACAGGUGGGGAUGGGAAGUUUAACUUCUUCCUUACCUGUCACAACCCCAACAAAAAUCUGAAGCUUCUAUUUGCAUGCCAAGGGGCAGCUCCAUUGGUGCCAGUAGGAGUUCCCCUUGAAUAGCAACUUCAGAGGCUAUAAUCAGACGGCACUUUAUUCCUCUACCUGGCUGUUGUCUGUCAGAGCAGACAAUACUGGCCUAGAUGCACAAAUUAUCUUACUUUGAAUACAGCAGGUUUCCCCUUUAAGAGCCUGCAGGUCAUAGUGAGUACUUCUAUUCAUUUUCCACUUUCCUUCAUAUCAAAACAGGGCAAGUUCAUUCGCAUCCAUUUUGGUCCUUCAGGGAAGCUGGCUUCCGCUGACAUUGACAUCUGUGAGUAAAUGGCUGAUGUCACAUGACAUCCCAUGUUGUUUUUAACUUGAGCAGUUUGAUAAACCCUUGAAGUAGUAGCCCCGCAAUCUGAUUUCUUACCUGUUGUUUCUAGAUUUGUUGGAAAAAUCGAGAGUGAUUUUCCAGCAGCCAGGAGAGAGGAGCUACCACAUCUACUAUCAAAUCCUUUCUGGAAAGAAGCCAGAACUCCAAGGUGAGAGGCACUAAAAUAAUAUACAAAGAAAUUUGACAAUAAAGUUUGGAAAGCACAAUGCAGAUGAUCACAAAAGAGCUGUGCUCAGUAUGAUAUCCCUACUGAGUAGGGAUGAGGAAUAAAUUCAAUUCCAUUCACAUUUAAAAACAAAUGUGCACUUUUCAAAACAAUGCAUGGCCCAAAACACAGCUAUCCUUUGAAAUUCACACUUCUCUGAAUUGUGCAAGCCAAGAAAUGUAUCACAAAAUGCAAAUAGUAGGGAAAAAUAACAUACAAAAGUGCAUUAUAUUAGGGGAAACUGCUUUGCGAAAAUGUGUAUGUUAUGCAAAAAUCAUACAAAAAUGUGUAUAUUAGGAGAAAUUUGCACGAAAAUGCUGAUGAAUUUUCAUGAGGAUCUUCUUUUAAAAAAAUCUCAGACUGGGGGAAAAACUGGAAACAUAAGAAACUGACCCUGACAAAUUUGUCCAUCCUUCCUGCUGAACACUCCUAGAUGCCACCAAUGUCAACACACCUUAUAUCUGCUCAGUGCUUUUGAAAUUUAGGCUAACCCAAUAUUUGUGACAUUGGCACCGGUGCUUUGAAAAGGCUUGUGCUUAUCAGUGCACUUAAAGUGAACCUUGUUUCCGAGACUUAUUUAUGUAAAUAUGUUUAUAACUUGCCUUCCCUCCAAGGACCUCAAGGCAACCUGCCUAUUGACUAUCACAGUUGGAUAUAGAAUAUUGAAUUUGGCAAGUUACAAACGGGAAUUAAGUUUUAAGAAUGUUUUAAGUAGCCGUCAAAUUUCAAUUUAAAAAGUGAAAAUUGAGCAUAUUUGAAAGUACAAUUCGAAUUUUGAACAUUUUAUCAUUUUUUUUUGAAUUUGCUCAAAAUUCUGUUUAGUCCUAAGCACCUUUUGUUCUUGGGUCCAUGAUUCUGAGCACACCGGAAGUUAGUUUCAUUGCAUAUCAGUCGGAUGUUUAACGUAAUUGAUUCAAAAGCUGUACCUCUGAGCCAGAUCAAGUGAUAGAUCAUAGAAACAUAGAUAUGUGUGUGGGCAGACUCACACACAUGUAUCACCCUCUGGAUCAGAACCUACAGGGGAUUAUUCAGAUGUGUAUUUGAAUACAGUUGUCAUUUACGUAAAUGCCAUUCAUCGGCAUGUCAUUACUGUCAACAGGAUGCCCAUUUUGAUGGGCAUCCCUGUCCACAUAUUGAUGGAACUGUGCUUGACCAGAACUGGAUCACAGAGGUUUGCACUUGCUCCCUUUCAAUCUUUCUCUCCCUGUUUGCUCCUACAAACCUCACACAAAUAAGAGCACUGUGAGCAGGGAGAUCCUUCAGACAUAUUCAUGUAGGACCUCUCUCUGAGAGGAUGGCAAGCUUGUCCAAUAAUGAUCCCUCCCAGUCAUGCUAUGAUCUGCACUCAAGGCAUCUUUCCAGUAUGGAACCCGAUGCUGUGAAAUAGGAAAUGUAGGCGAAACCCUUUUCCGACCGGACAGGGAUUUUUAGCAUAGUGUCCUGUCAUGGCAGUAAGGAAUCUGGGCUACGGCCUGCUGCUCUUGCUGCUCGGUGACAAACAAUACCUUAUUAGGCAGGUCUGGAGAGCUCUACUGAGCAGUAAUCUUAUCUGGUGCUCACAAGGCCAAGGCUGACCACUUCUAAAUCAGUCAGCGGCCCAAGGGUGUUCCUAAGAUAGCUGGCGGGAGAUGCAACUAUACAAUGCACAUGCCUUUCUGAUAGCCGCGUAAUGGAGACUAUGUGGCCUCUGAGGCUGAAACUUCCAAGCUGAUCCUUGAUUCAUAGCCACUUGAUUCAUAGUUCAAAUUGGGCAUGUAUGUACCCACAAUAUGCUGUGAAACAAAGAACGCAUCUUCUGUCUGUUUCCCCCCCAGAUAUGCUGCUGCUGUCUUCCAACCCCUAUGACUACCAUUUCUGCUCACAAGGUGUAACAACUGUAGACAACCUGGACGAUGGAGAGGAACUCUUGGCUACAGAUGUAUGUGUUAAUCCACUGUGAAAUCAACUGGGGGUGUCAAAGUCUCUUUGUGACGCAUGGACACAGUCUAGCCUCAUGAAUUGCUUCCGAGACCCAUUAUUUUUUAAGGGGGGGGGGAGAAAAUGAAUAUAAUAAGCACAGUUGUUUUCCACAAAGAAUCCUGGAAACUGUACUUUACCCCCCAACUGAACUAGAAUUCCCAGCACCCUUAACAAACUACUGUUCCCAUUUGUUGCUACAUAGCUAGCCAUUUCAAAUGGCACUGGUUUUGAUGUGACUCAUGCAUCCUUUUCUUAUUUAAGGGGUGGGGAGCCUGCGUCUUCCCAAGAUUCUCAGUCUGGCUCAUAGCACUCUCUGUGGGAUCUCUCUCUCUCUCUCUCUCUCUCUCUCUCUCUGCCACACCCUUCUCUCCUCACCCUCUUCUACCCUCUCCACAAUGGUUCUGCCAACCAGCCUCCUAACAAAAAGUUAAUGGGCUUCUAGAUGUGUCUGUUUUAGAUUAUCUGCAUGCUAGAAAAUUUUAUGGCAGGGGUCUGAAGGGUGCACCAUGGAAAACACUAUGAACUCAACUCAGAUGCACAGAAAAUGCAAAAUAGCAAAAAAACUACAUAUAUGGGCUGUUGAGAGUUAUUACUUAAGUUUAAUGAGGUAUAUUUUAGCAGCGUGAAAGAAAUGCCAGCUAGACAAGCCAGUACAGUGCAUUUGUCAUUUGCUUAGCAUUUGCAUCACCAGAAGGGUGCAGCAGUCCUUCUGGAUUGAGGCCAGUACAUCCUGAAUUCGUCCUUUUCUGUUUGUUAAUGGAAUGAUGGCGGCGGCGUGACCACACCUUGUCUGAUUCCUUCCGCAGCAUGCUAUGGAUAUCCUGGGCUUCAGCAACGAGGAGAAAUAUGGCUGCUAUAAGAUAGUAGGAGCCAUCAUGCACUUUGGCAACAUGAAAUUCAAGCAGAAACAACGUGAAGAACAGGCAGAGGCUGAAGGCACUGAAAGUAAGGGAGUUUGCCUACAUUGCUGCCUACAAAACGCAUUGUGGCCGCCAGAUCAGUCUGUUGCAGCAAAACUAGCAGUCUGGUGGUACUUGGAAGCAGAGCCAGCAAAAGCACCUGAUUAGCUCAAGCAGCUGCCAAGCCCAGUGGCAUUUGGGACCCACUGCUGAUGUCUAUCCUGCCCUCCCCCCUUUUAAACCCUCUUACUUUCUCUCAGCGGCCAUUACUUAGCUUUUUGUCAACUCAGCUUUGGGAGAAUUUGUGAAUGUGGGAAUGGCUGUUCUCUGGAGCUACCAAGAUAAGCUUCUCCAGGGUCCUCAUGAACCGGGUGUGGGGAGGGCACAAUUGCAUAGGUGCUCAUUGGACAACACCUUGCUGUUAGCUCCCUCAGCCCUUCUGAAAUGACUAAGGUCGCUUCCAGACAACCUGUUUCUUUGAGAAUUCAUCCUUAUUUGUCUGUACAAAGUUUCUGGGGAGUUCUACAAAAUCCACUGUUUAUAAGCAGUCUUUCUUAUUUGCUUGCAGGAAGCUUAAACUAUGUCAUGGGCAAGUAAUUGUUACCCCACACUUUCCAGUGCAUUUUCCUGUCCCUUUCCUUACAGCAAACAAUCCAUUUUUGGGGGGCGGUGUACAAGAGUGGUAUAAUCCACUUCAGUGGCACAACCUGAACCUGCCAGUAGGCAAUUGAACCCCACCGGUAUAAUGCCAGUCUGGGAGCAGUCAUACAAAUUUAUUGUGGCAUCAUCAGCUUUUAUAGACCAGAAUGCACAUGUGUUAGGAUUUAUAAAUCUCUGAUCUUAUUAUUACUACCUGCUGGAGCCCAAAUUGGUCUGCCUUUAAUUGGCUUGAACUAUAAGCAGUUCCUGCUGGGUGAUGGCUCUUAAUCAAGGUGUUCUAAAUUACAGGAACCCACAUUUAUUUCUCAUCAAGACCACUUUCUUAUUUAUGAUUUUUUAUUGAACUGCAGGUGCCGAUAAAGCAUCUUACCUCAUGGGAAUAAGCUCAAGUGACCUGAUCAAGGGACUGCUCCACCCUAGGGUGAAAGUUGGAAAUGAAUAUGUGACCAAAGGCCAGAAUGUGGAGCAGGUGAGCUUCUUGGACUGUACGGCUUGGCCUUAUGCCUCCCUGCCUCCAGUUUCCCAUAGGACCUCUUAGCGAUGCACCUGGGAGAAAGGUUGUGCAUCUUAAUCUCUGUGUUAAGACGUGUCACUUGUGGAAAAUAUAUAUUUCAAGCAAAAGAGUGGUGGUCACUUAAAUUGCCUGUGCUUAAGUUAUCAAAUAGCAGCAGUGACACAUGCAGCCUGAUUCUUGGCAUGUUUCCUCAGAAUAAAGCCCAACUGAGUUCAGUGUGCAUAUGCACAGGAUUGUGUCUUUAGUUAUCCAGAAACUAUUUCAUCAGUGUCAGCUGAAACAUACUGAUUCUAUUUUAUAAAUAGCCUCCCUCCCUUUUCUGUGCUUGACCGUGUCGCCAAGCACAGUCAGCUGGGUGGCAUAUAAAUAAUAAAAUUAUUAUUACUAUCAUCAUCGCCGUUGUUGUUGUUAUCAUCAUUAUUGCUAUGUAACACCAUCAGAAACGAACAAAUAUAAAUUCUGACCAAUUAUCGUUACAUAAUUAUUUGCAGGUUGUGUAUGCAGUGGGAGCCUUAGCCAAAGCUACCUAUGAUCGCAUGUUCAAGUGGCUGGUUUUUCGUAUCAACAAAACUUUGGACACUAAGCUAGCCAGGCAGUUCUUCAUCGGAGUUCUGGACAUUGCCGGAUUUGAGAUCUUUGAGGUGGGUUUGAAAACUAGCCCACAUUUUGCACUGUGUAAUGGAGGGGAAGUGUUGCUAAGAAUGAAAUACACAUGCCAAACUGCUGCUGACUUCCUUGCCCAAAGAAAGUUGCUGGCAGGCUGAAAGAGAUAUCAUGAAAAUUCAGAACUCAUCUGAGCUAUAGAAUUGGAUCCAGUUUGGUGAGGUUGUUGAGAAUUCUGCAUUAGAGAUCAUACCUAGGGUUUCAAUACACUUGGCUGCUUGGAGCUCCAGGUAACCUGGUUGUGGUGCGUAGCCAUUUUCAUUCAGUUAACUAUGGCAUUCCUGUUCAACCAGGAAUUUAUGUGUGGGGUACAAACAUGCUGGCCAAUUGUCACCAGAUCUGAUCAACAGCUGGGAAGUGAUGGGUGGUUUUUACUCUUCCGAGGCUACUGGUAGUGGAGUAUCUUGAGUUGGGCAGUGAAGUCUCCAAGCUCUUAGGCGUUCACUUUCUGCCUGCAGUUUAACAGCUUUGAACAGCUAUGCAUCAACUUCACCAAUGAGAAGCUGCAACAGUUUUUCAACCAUCACAUGUUUGUCCUGGAACAAGAAGAAUACAAGAAGGAAGGAAUUGAGUGGGUCUUCAUUGACUUUGGCCUGGACCUGCAGGCUUGUAUUGACCUGAUUGAAAAGGUAAGAUUGAGGCAUGAUUGUACAACUAAUAUGGCCGGCUUUAUAUAUGUCAUUGAAAAGGUUGAGUGAUAAUGGAAAUGUGGCUACAUCGGUUCUAACGUCCUCUUGUUUCUAGCCAAUUUGCCAGAUGAGUCUGGCAGGCCAAUACUUUCACAACAGAGCAAAGUAAAAAUUAAUUUCCUUUCUGUUGUAACAAGGUUUUUACAUACUUUUGACUGAAACCUGGUUCCAUUCAUUCUGGCUAGUGGUUCCGGCUUGCUGAAAUUGGCCUCACUGUAAGAGACACUUACUUGCAAGCUACAAUGUGAAUUUAAAAAGUGAUUUCCAGUAGCAAAGGAACAAUUUAAACAUUUAACUCCCACUGGCAACUGACUUAUUUCAGCUUCUGAAAACUUCUCAUGGCUCCUUGUUCCCCAGUUCUCUUUGGGAAGAACAACAUAAAGUAAAAUUAGGUUGGAAAUAAUGUUUAUACUGCUUUUUUCAUGAGGCAAAAAGGAACCAUCCUCAUAAAAUUAUGUUCUACAGCUCCAGGGUGCUGCAUUCUUCUACUGAAAACAUGGUAAAUAGAACACCUUUAGAACUAGGACAGGGGCAAGCAACCAUUUUGAGCUGAAAGAAAGUGUGAUCAAAUCACUAUUCAAUGUGCACAUACGGUAAUACAGUGGCCUGAAAAAUUAAAAUCACUUUACCAACAUGGUAGAACAAAAGCAUUUGCCCCAUGGCAUAGUUGUUUGCCAUCCUACUGCACAAGCUUGCUUUCACACGAACAGUAUAGCAAUUUUGAGGGGAAGCAUUAUUUUGUGGUGACUUUUCCACUUCCUGGAAGCACUUUUUCCCAUCCCCACUCUAUGAAUGGAUUGAAUAUGGUUUUUCUUAUACUUUGCAUGCUAACUUUAGAAGCCUUUUUGUAACAUUCAUCACAUGGAAGUGGUUAUUGCUUAGACUAUCCUCCUCUCACAUAGGACUAAAAUUAACACCAAGUGAACUUGCCUCCAGUUUGUUGAUCAUUAUCCUUUCCUUGCAGCCAAUGGGAAUCCUCUCCAUUUUGGAGGAAGAAUGCAUGUUCCCCAAAGCCUCUGAUAUGUCAUUCAAGGCCAAACUGUAUGACAACCACAUUGGGAAAUCACCCAACUUCCAAAAGCCACGGCCAGAUAAGAAGCGCAAAUAUGAAGCCCACUUUGAACUGGUGCACUAUGCUGGAGUGGUAUGUCUUUGUUUCCCGGCUCCCAUAUACUGGGUUUUUAGUGUUGCUUUUCUGUUUUCUGCCUCUGUUACAGCUGGUUUUGCUCUUUGGCAGGUGCCCUAUAACAUUGUUGGCUGGCUAGACAAGAACAAAGACCCAUUGAAUGAGACAGUGGUAACCAUCUUCCAAAAAUCACAAAAUAAGCUGCUGGCUACUUUAUAUGAAAACUAUGUGUCCUCUUCUUCAGGUGAGCGGCAUUCCCAUCUGUGCCAAACAAAGCACUAAAUACAGAAUUUGUAAGGUUAUCUGAAAAGCCAGAAAGUGCCCAGGCUGACCCCUGCAUAGCUUCAGAGACGUGUAGAGUUCAGACCAUUCUCUGGGCCUGGGUAUUCAAUAGAGCUGGAGAAUUAAUUGUCCUAUAACUUGAGCGAUAGGGUUGGUCUCGCAGCUCUUGGGAACCAACCAAGGACCUGAACCAAAUGAACACCAUUAAGGCAAUAAACUGACAUUUUGUUGGGCAGAUGAUGCAACCAGGACAGGUGGCAAAGAGAAGCGCAAGAAGGCAGCUUCGUUCCAAACUGUGUCCCAGCUGCAUAAGGUAAGUGUCUGCCCACUCCCCAUGGUAAGCAGAACUGCUGGCUAGAAUUUCACUUGCCUCUCUCUGUGUAUACGCACGACACUUCUUCCAGGCAAUAACCUGAACGUGAAGUCUUGGAACACCAGGCAGACACUAAGGACUUUUGGGGCUUGGCUAUUCUUCCCUCAGUUGGCCCAGAGCGCUCUCCCCUUUUGAGAACAUUAUUGCUCAGGAAGAACAGCUGUAACUAUCCCUGUAUUGCCAGCUCUUGGUGAUCAUCGUAUCAGCAUUUGAAUAGGAAUAAUGCUAGAAUGCGGAGGAGUCAGGUUCCAUUUGUAGUAAAGGUAAAGGUAAAGGUAAAGGGACCCCUGACCAUUAGGUCCAGUCGUGGCCGACUCUGGGGUUGCGGCGCUCAUCUCGCUUUAUUGGCUGAGGGAGCUGGCGUACAGCUUACGGGUCAUGUGGCCAGCAUGACUAGGCCGCUUCUGGCGAACUGAGCAGCACACGGAAACACUGUUUACCUUCCCACCGGAGCGGUACCUAUUUAUCUACUUGCACUUUGAGGUGCUUUCGAACUGCUAGGUUGGCAGGAGCCGGGACCAAACGGGAACUCACCCUGUAGCGAGGAUUUGAACCGCCGACCUUCUGAUCGGCAAGUCCUAGGCUCUGUGGUUUAACCCACAGCGCCACCCGCGUCCCUUCCAUUUGUAGUAGAGUAAUGCUUAUUUCCCCCCCUGUGAUGUCUGCGCUACAUGGUUCCUGUCUGCUUCUCCGUUGCUGAGGGAGAGGCAGUUAAGACUUGCAGUGAUGUUUAGAUAAUUUAUUACAUGAACAUCACUUUAAGUCUGUGCUACUUCUCUCCUCCUCACUCUUGACUGCGGGAAGGAGAACCCUUGGGAAGAAGAAAAGAAAUGUGGAUCUUACAAGGGUCGGAGCAACAGGCCCUUGGCCUUUCCCGUGUUGGGAGAGGGAGUUAGCUGGACACUCCACACACUGAGCCACUUAGCAGAGCAGCAUCCAUCUGACUGAGAGACAGUGCUUCGCAAGUGAAUGAUCCAGAAACCACAAGGUUAAAAGCAAAGAGGGUUAGGAAUGGUUUUAGAUUGCAAGGUAAACUGGGCAUGUGGAGAAUACAGAAGCAGCAACAUGUUAUUUAGCAGCAUUGGUGGUUGUUUUUUUUAAUAGAUUGGAUGGCCAAACUAAAUGUGCCAGUUCUGUUUGCUUAAAGCAGACCUGCCCCAUUCACAUAAAAAGUGGGAGUGCUGUGGUGGUGGGGGGAUAGAGGGCUGUGGUCAGGAGGGAGAGGGAGCGGCCCAAUUUUCAGAGCCCCUUAGAGGGGAGUUGAACCUUCCCCAGGCCCACCACUUAACCUGUGCAUGGAUUUUAAUUGCUGCUCAGUAGCAGGCUACAUGCUUUGUACACAUAGUGUCCCAGAAUCACUUCCCAGAAUCUCCAGAUAAAGGGAUAUAAGGGAGCAGGUUUGGGCAGGAAAUAAUAAUCUGUGCCUGAGGCCCCUAAAAGCAGCUGCCAGCUUUGGGUGACGGGGAUACCCAAAGUCAGGCCUCAAACACAGAUCAUCAUCAUGGGACAGACUUCUGUGAGAGGAGAUACCCUUCAGAUAUCUGCAUCCUAAGCUGCAGAGAGCUUUAAAGGUUAAAAGGAGCUCCUUGACUUUUGCUCAGACAUGGACUUGGGGGAGCCUGUGAAGUGACUUAACCCUGUAUGUCUCCCUUAUAGGAAAACCUGAACAAACUGAUGACCAAUUUGCGUGCUACCCAGCCUCAUUUUGUCCGCUGCAUCAUCCCCAAUGAAACAAAGACCCCAGGUACACAACUGCAAAGAGUGCACUCUGUCUGUGAGGGAUUAGAAUGACCAGGGGGAAGUCUGCAGACAACACUCUUAUUAUUAUUUGUUUGGCAUCUCUCUGCAGCUUAUCUGCUGUAGACAAUGCUUCAAGCCUCAUCCAGGUUAUAAACAAUAGUACUUUGGCUCGAAUUCUAGGUUUGGAUCCAGAGUAGAGUUGUGCUCUUGUGAUGCCAUGCUGGAGGAAAUGGGGUUGUGUGCGGAGGGUUAUUUUUGCUGAUUCCUCCUUCCUCCUGUGGCCCUGAAGGAGUUGCUGUGGAGGAUUGGGAGACCUUCUGAAACAGCAUGGGAGGUGGUGCUGGGGGCUGCUGGGGGACGGGAGAAUCAGUCUCCCCUCCCCCCUUUCCUCCACAGGGAGCCUUGGGUGGACUGGAGCCCUUCCUGCAAAUGGGAAGAGCCCUUCCAUUCAUGGAAGUUCAUGUCUGGAUUCAGCAUAUAGAAUGACUUUGCUCUGAAUAAAUAUGCUUAGAAUUGGGCUGUAAAGGUAUCACUUUCCCUUUGCUUUGUUCCUUGUUUUGCAUUCUGCUACUACUACUGUUUAGCUUUGUAGCAGGUGUGUUUGUUGUUUUUCUCAUUUCUCUUGCCUUGCGUGGAUGCAAAUACACCUACGCUGGUGGCCAAAAUUGUGGAAACCUUUUUGAAAAAGUGUAUUUCUGAGGUUUGAUGGCUCAUAACACCACUUUUUUUGGAGUAAUACCAUGAAAUUAUAUACCAAUGGAAAGAUAAUUUAAUGAAGAAUGUAAUGCAACAAAGUUUGUUCAAUUAUCUGUAUUCUAUCAAAAAUUAUAGGCAAAUAAGCAGAAAAAGGAAGCAUAACUUGCUUCCCUUUUCUGGAUAUACAGUAGCUUUCCUUCAUUUGGAUGUAGCCAAUGAGCAUGAAUGUUUAGAGAGCCAAUCAGGUGUUAUGAGCCAUCAAAUCUCAGAAAUACACUUUUCCACAAUUUUGGCCACUAGUGUAAAUUAUUAUUAUUAUUCUCAAAGUAUGAGCUCUCAUCGCUGAGGAGCGGUGUUAGGAUCUGUCCUUUCCUUCUUUCCCACGCAGGAGUCAUGGACCCCUUCCUGGUGCUGCAUCAGCUACGGUGUAACGGUGUGCUAGAAGGCAUCCGCAUCUGUCGGAAAGGCUUUCCAAACAGAAUCCUCUAUGCUGACUUUAAGCAGCGGUAAUUAAGUUUUCUGUUCAACUUUGCUGAUCACCGAUGCUAUCAGCUGUGCAAGACCUGGACAACAUGCUAUGAACACACAGUGAGGAAUAAAAACAUAUGUCCCAGUCUAAUCUGUAGAGCAGGACUUGGGGGGGGGGGGCUUUGGCCCUCUAGAUGUUGCUGAACUAUAAGUCCCAUCAGCCCCAGCAAGCAUGGCCAGUGGCUGGGAGUUGCAGUUCAGUAACAUCUGGAAGGCCAGAAGUUUCCCACACCUGCUUCAGAAAGAGUAAUAAAAUAAAAUAGAACAAUAAAUACAAAACUUGGUUUCAGGAGCACACUCUGCAUCUGUCCCAUGCUGGGAAAGAUGUGCAGAGAACCCCCUUCUGCCAAAAUGACCUCAGUGGGUAGGCCCUAGUUGAAGUGUUCUUGAUUCUCCUCAUCUCUUCCUGAGUGUGCUGAUCUCUCGUAUCUUUGCAGCUACCGUAUCUUGAAUCCUGCUGCCAUUCCUGAUGACAAAUUUGUGGAUAGCAGGAAGGCCACAGAGAAGCUGCUUCUUUCCUUGGACCUUGACCACUCCCAAUAUAAGUUUGGACACACAAAGGUACGCGGUGUGCAAAUUGAAUGGGCGGAUUAAGGGAUUUGCUGUGCCAUAAAACUAAAGCCUUGAGAAUGGUCAGAAUGUGCAUGUGUAAUUUUACAUACACUUCCCUUGCUGGUAGUAAAAUCCACUACGUUUUAUUCUCCCUGUUUCAAACUUCUUGUUCAGUGUCUACCAUAUUGUUUUGCUAAGGACAUCUGAUUUACUAGCAUACUUUCCUGUUUGUUCAGUGCUUACUUUCUGUAGCAUCAACCUAUAGAAGCUUUUAUGCCUUUUAUGAAUAAAGCUACUUAAUAAAGCCACACUUCUUGAACCCAGUCUGAAAUCAGUGGAGUAAAUGUUUUCUAUCAUUUAGCAACACAUAUUCUUACAACUACUGGUAAACUAAGAGUUAAUGUGCCAAUGCAUAUUCUUACAACUUCCAGUAUACUAUGAGUUAAUGUGGUAGCUAUACUUCCUGCUUAGAUAGCCUAAUAGAAUUAUUUUAGGAUCUGAAUGUAAGUGGUAUUGCAGGACAAGGAAUCGGACUUCCCAUGUCCCAACCCAUAUAAAUAAGAGACCAAUAAGACUGGGUUUUGGGGUAAAAACAGGCCACAACUUUAUUGAAUACAGAUGAAAGAGGUUUGGCUUAGGCAUGGGGCAAUCUAAAUACUUCUGGGCCACCAGUCAGAAGGGACGCGUGGUCAAUCCAGGCGAGGGUUCCUAAGACUUAUAUCAAAUAGGGUGACCCCCGCAGGGACCGCCAUCUGGGGGGUGCCUUCGACCCUGGUCCCCCGGGUAUGCAGACAUGGCCACUCCCCCUACUCCAGUGUUUGGAGGGGCAGGCGGAGACUACAACCUCCCCUCCAUCCAAAACAAAGGAUUGCCCCAAUGCCCAACCAGUUGUGACAAAUUGCAACGAGGUAGGCAAAACCACCAGGUAAGAGCCAAUUAUCCCGGUGGGCAAUGCCACUGCACCAAGAGAGGUGAGCGGACUUGUGAGAUUUGAUAUAUUAAAUAUACGACACCUUUUCCGUAUUCUAUAAUUUGGGGGCAAGGAGAAUGUCCUUCAGAGGAUGUGACACUGGUGUCUCCUCUGUUCCAACUUUCCCCGUUUCCCUGUUUGCAGGUGUUUUUCAAAGCAGGCUUGCUGGGUCUCCUGGAGGAGAUGCGAGAUCAACGUCUGGCCAAGAUUAUCACCCUCCUGCAGGCCAGGAUGCGUGGACGGCUGAUGCGCAUUGAGUAUGGGUGGAUCAUUGGCAGAAGGUAUAGCAACACGCAAGCCUGGCCACAGCAACUCCUUGCAUGUCGUCCACUGGAAUAUUCUCAAACUUUUCACUUUCAGCGACCAGAUGGGCAGACCACUUUGGGCCAGUGGGCAUGUUUGGAAUUAUUUUGAGAAAGCACUGUGGAUGGCAGCCACUAAAUGGCUGCUAUGGGGGUAUGACAUAACACAAAAUGGCUGCCAUGCCCUCAAAGAGCAGAAAAAGAGACAGGAUUUCAGAAUGGUGCUGGCACGCCCCAUCAAUGCUCCAUCAAUGCAGCACCUAUAUCAGCCACUGCUACAUUCACUCACAGAGACAACCACUUUGUGCCUAUCUUCUGUUCAAAACAGAUGGGAGGGUUACAUUAUAAAAUAUUACAGUCCAAAGAUAUUAACAUUUAGGUAUAUGAAGUAUUUCCUUGAACAAGUUCUUCUCUGUUUUCUUUAAAAUAUCAGCAUUUGUUUGCUUGGCCAUGGCCAAUAGACCCUUCGUACAUUUGUUUCUGAUUUUCACCCCCACUCUGUCUCUUCCCCCCUACCCCUCACUAUGUUAAUACAGUGAUUUUUUAAGUUUCAGAAAAGAUCUGAUUUUCAGCAAAGACCUGCACACAAGCUGAUAUAGUGUAUACCUAGUAUACUGAGUUCCUCUGUGCGUCUCUUCCUCCAGGAAUCUGUAGCUUAUUGCUCAUAGUUUGAGGAGGGAGCAAGAAUCUGCCUCCUUUAUAAUGGGCAGUGAUCAGGCAGUAAGAGUGUCCACCAAAUCACAUCACAACAUGUGUUACUUAUUCCCCACAGGGACGCACUCUACACCAUUCAGUGGAACAUCCGUGCUUUUAAUGCAGUCAAGAAUUGGUCCUGGAUGAAGCUUUUCUUCAAGAUCAAACCUCUCCUCAAGUCAGCUCAGACUGAGAAGGAAAUGGCCACCCUCAAAGAGGAGUUCCAGAAGCUGAAGGAAGCUCUGGAGAAGUCAGAGGCUAAACGGAAGGAGCUGGAAGAGAAGCAAGUCAGCAUCAUCCAGGAGAAGAAUGAUCUGUCACUGCAGCUUCAAGCAGUGAGUAAUCUGUCCAGCUGAGCUUUCCAAAUGAAGGGUAGGCAUUGUGCUGUAUGUAGUUUAGGAAGCUGACGGUGAAUCUGGCCUUGACAUUUUCCUUUCAAACAUUUCUAUAAGGCACAAGUGAGCAACCUGCAGGUCACAUGUGGCCCUCGGCCUUCCUCCAUGUGGCCCCCUGACUGCUAUAUACUAAGAAGGUAAAAUAUGAAUAGUGAAGUCUACAGAGACAAUAUGCACAGAGACAAGGCACUGAAGUCUUGUUGAUGGAAACAUGGCAAUGGCAUCCUGUAAUAAUUUAGCUUGUUUGGAUGGGGGAAUAGUCCCCUUGAAGAAUCAGAUAUGCCAUUUGGGGGUACGCCUUGCAUUUUCCAUUGGUGGCCACAAGUGCCCUUGCCUGGCUUAGAUAGUUAACUUUGCCUAACCAGUCUUGGAAUUCUUUUGCAGAUGCCUUCUAGUUUCUGAACCUUCAUCAAGUACCACACGCUAGUUUUCCCUUUUAAGCAUGCAACCAUGAGAACUAGAAACUUGUGGUGUGUCGGGGGCUUUUAAAAGGAAAAAUAAGAUACUUGAGAUGUUUGAUUCCCCAUUACAUGGUUCUAUACAUGUGAUAGAACUGUGGAUCUGACAAACUUCAACAAAUUGAUGGGUUCAGUGUUUCUCUCAGCUGGAGAAUUGAAGGCAGUCAAAGUGAGUCUCUUAUUGUAGACAGUUGACAAAAAAGCACCUUAACCACCAUGCACAUUUCAUAUAUCUGUACACUUGAGAGUGGAGCAGCAGCAUUUCCCAGUGCGGUAAAGUGCUCCCUCCUCUUGGAUAUUCUUCAACAGGAGCAGGACAACUUGGCUGAUGCAGAAGAGCGCUGCGACCUCUUGAUCAAGACCAAGAUUCAGCUGGAAGCCAAGGUGAAGGAACUGAUGGAGCGCCUGGAGGACGAGGAGGAGAUGAACUCAGACCUGACCUCUAAGAAGCGAAAGCUGGAGGAUGAAUGUGCUGAACUGAAGAAAGACAUUGAUGACUUGGAGAUCACCCUGGCCAAGGUGGAGAAGGAGAAGCAUGCCACAGAAAACAAGGUGAGCACCAUUAGGAUACAAAUAAAAAGACAGGUAAUGGAAGCACGAAAAGAAUAAAGAAAAACAGGUAGAGUACAAAAUCAGCCCAAACUACUGCUGGUUUUGUGUUACCUGAAAGUGCCACUAGUUUAACAGAGGAUUCGUGUUGUGUGAUUUCAAAACAGCACAAAAAGAAAAGAAAAGUUGUCUUCUCUUUUAGCAGAAAUAACACAUUUGGUUUAUUGGGGCAGUGGCAUAAAGUGUGGGGUGAAAGCAUGAAUUUACACCACUUUUCUUUUGUAGUUGGUGAGUAUUUAAAAAUUACCAUCUUCUGUGACAAAUGUUGUUAUGCUUCACCAAAGGCCUGCCAAGUUUUACAUGUGUGCAUCCUUUCACUCUUCCAUAUUAUUCAUAUAACCCUCUAAGUUUUUGUCACACCAUCGUAGGUGAAAAACCUGAUUGAAGAAAUGGCUGCUUUGGAUGAGGUCAUUGCUAAGCUGACCAAGGAGAAAAAGGCAUUGCAGGAGGCCCACCAGCAAGCUCUGGAUGACCUUCAGGCUGAGGAGGACAAAGUCAACACUCUGACCAAGGCUAAAGUCAAGCUGGAGCAACAAGUGGAUGACGUGAGUCAAGGCACAUGAAAAAUGUCUGUGGUGGUGUAAAAAUUGAGGCUUCCAGGAGAGAGGAAACCAUUUUGUCCAGAGAUCUGGCUAAAAGCUCACUAGAUUGUGCAAACAUAAAUGCUUUGCUGGAAAAUUAUCAGUCUCAGAAACCUUAACAAUAUCUACCUGUCCAGUUCUUUGAAAUGUCUGUACAGCAGUAUCUGCCUUUCAUAUGUUCCAGUCCAGAACUGGCCCUACCAUUAGGCAGAGUGUGUCAACAGAUGCUUGUGGUGAGGGACAGCUUCCCCCUCUAUUAGAGGACAGACCUGUGUGUGUUAACCCCCUUAAACUAGCCUGCUGCCCUCAGGUGCCUUGGAGGACACAUUGCCUGUGUUGAAGUGAGAUUCAACUGCUGGUCUAGUCACCUUCUGUGUGUAGAAGGGGUGGGAGGGGGGUACCAUCUUGCCUUUGGCCUCAGAUAGCAAAAUGUCUAGCCCCAUAACAAUGUGCUUUUUGGGGCAGAUGCUUCUGUAAUGUUUCCAGCUGGCUGAGCUUCUUAUCCAAUGUUGGGGAACCUGUGGCCCACCAGAGGGUGUUGGACUACAACUGCCACCAUCCCUGUCCAUUGGCAGUGCUGGCUAGGGUUGUUGGGACUUUUGGAGGGACAUGGGUUCUCUAUCUCUGACAUCAUUGCACGGAGGCACCAUUUUGGGAGAAAGGGUAAAUUGGGUGAGCAAAGCAUGUUCUGUGACUUUCUCAUUUUCCUUCACUAUUCUUUGUGCCCUCUAGCUGGAAAGUGCUUUAGAACAAGAGAAGAAGAUACGGAUGGACCUGGAAAGAGCAAAACGCAAGCUGGAAGGCGAUUUGAAGCUCACUCAGGAAUCUGUGAUGGAUCUGGAGAAUGAUAAGCAGCAGCUGGAAGAGAAACUCAAGAAGUGAGCAUGCAAUUGAUGGAAAUACCACCCAACCAAACCAAACCGGUUUAAGCAGGCUGCUUGAUAUCAGCCUAACAACAGAUGUGAGAUAAUAGCUCACAACAGAUGCUGAAUUGUUUCUGCACUAGAAUUUUGGAACAAUAAUUACAGGUUGAAAAGGGUUCUCUAUUUUCACGCAGUAUCGAAAGGCAAAUUUGAGUAGGAGUCUCUGCUGUAUGAAGGAUUGUUGAAGAUGCAAGUGAAAAUAGAAAUGGUGGGCUUUGUGUCUGAUUUGCGUCCGUGGGACUUAAGCAUACAUACUUAGGAUUUAUCCCUCCUGCUUUUCCCCAUGUCCUCAAGGAAACUUCAGUUACCGGAGUGAGAAACAGAGAAAGGGCAUGAGCUGCACAGUGCAACCCACUAAAAUGCUCAUUAUGGCUUCGGAUCACUGCCCUCAAUGAAGAAAAGCAGGGGCAGCUGGUGAAUCUGCCUUCAUCUGUGCCCCAGCUCUCAACUCAAGUGAAUUGCUACAUGGUUCAAAGAAUUAAGCUGCUUUGUAGGCUUAUUCAUGUGUUGCACUGAACACAAGUACAAGCUGUCUCUGCACAUGAACAAGUGUUUGUGUCAAAGAAUAUACACUUGUUGGUUUGUGCGGCUGAACUAAUUCUGUACACAGACUGAACACUUGUUGAACUUGUGAAUAACUGUGCAAGUGUGCAGCUCAGCUAUUGUUACACAGGUACACAGAUUGCGUACUCCUUGUAUGUAAUAUGUGAACACCCCUGUAUAUGAUAUUUUCAGCAAGACGGUCUUGUCCCACAACGCAAAAAACAUGAUUUUUAAAAAACCAUUUACAUUUUCAAACCACCAAUGUAGAAACAACCCUCCCUCAGUCUCCUAGCAGUGACAAUUGCUUCUAUCUCAGUCCCGAUAUAAACGCAGCUUGUUCUUAUUUUCUUUCAUAGGAAAGACUUUGAAAUGAACCAGUUAAAUUCAAGAAUUGAAGAUGAGCAAGUCCUUGCAAUUCAGCUGCAGAAGAAAAUUAAAGAGCUCCAGGUAAACCUAAGAGGGAGUGUUGGAUGUUAACAGGCACAAAAAAGGAAGGGAUUUUUAUUUUUUUUUACAGCAGCAGGGCUGGGUGUGAACAUUUUGGGGGGUAAGUGGGGAGCAAGCCCACCAUUUGUGCCAAAAGUCAAAAGGGGCAAACAUUUGGUCCGGCCUUUGAAGAAUUUCCUGUAAUCCACUGCAAUGUAGAUGCUCUUGGCCACUUGGUACCACAAUGAUUCAAGUGUUCUACCUGGAAGCCCAGAUAGAAGCGUUAUGAGCCCCUCAACCCUGAUCAGAGUCAUUGGGUUCUCCUCCCCCUUUCAUUCUGGGCAGAGUUACCUGGUGGUUUCUGCCAUCUUUUGUCUACUUGCAGGCCCGCAUUGAGGAGCUAGAAGAGGAGCUUGAGGCCGAGCGAGCUGCCAGGGCCAAGGUGGAGAAGCAGCGGGCAGAGGUGGCGCAUGAGCUGGAGGAGCUGAGCGAGCGGCUAGAGGAGGCGGGUGGCGCCACAGCUUGCCAGAUAGAGCUGAACAAGAAGCGAGAAGCAGAAUUCUUGAAGCUGCGCAGGGACCUGGAGGAGGCCACGUUGCAGCACGAGUCAACUGCUGCUGCCCUGCGCAAAAAGCAUGCAGAUUCUGUGGCGGAACUGGGGGAGCAGAUCGACAACCUGCAGCGCGUGAAGCAGAAGCUGGAGAAGGAGAAGAGCGAGUUGAAGAUGGAGGUGGAUGAUCUGUCAUCCAACAUUGACUACCUCACCAAGAACAAGGUGAAUGCCAUUUGCUGAUGCUUCCUUGUGCACUAAUGUGUUGAAAGGAGGAGGAGAUGUUGUAAGCAGAGGUAGAGCUUUCCGUGCAUGAAUGUGAAUGGGCUAGUUUAGUGCUGCAACUCUAAGCCAGAAGGUGGCUUGAGGGAGGAAGGUAUCACAUACAGCAGUAAUUUGGUGAAUGAAUGAAUCAGCUAAGGUGUAUUUUAGCUUAGAAGUCCAUUACAGUGAUUGGUUGUUCAGAUGGAGCGGAUCAGGUGCACUUUUUCAGCAUUUCGGUUCCCUUUCUCUGUUUCUGAAGUGUUCCUCAACUUGACAGGUCCCCUGCUGGUUUGCUCAGUUGACAAGGACCAGCACUGCCGUGCAAGUUUACACCAUUGACUUUCUGACUGGUCAGGGUGGGAAGAAGGUAGCUGCCUUUUUUUAAGGAAGCACUGUGUAUACUGUGCAUGAUGGGGACAGUGAACUACAUGUAAGUGCUAAGGGAGCAGACCAUGAAGGCACUAGAGCUCUUCACUGGCCAUGAUCCAGCCCUAGGCUCUGCCUCGAGCCAGUUGUUUAAUGCAUUGACAAUUCAGACAUCUAGACAAAGUUUUCUUCCCUGUUGCAGGCAAAUGCUGAAAAGCUCUGCCGAACAUAUGAGGAUCAGCUGAGCGAAACCAAAUCAAAGCUGGAUGAACUCCAGCGUCAGCUAGCCGAAGUCAGCACCCAGCGUGGGAGACUGCAGACUGAAAAUGGUAUGUUUUGCUUUCAAAGUCGCUCCCUCUGUUAGAUACCUGGCUUGAUUGCUUGCAUGUUGGAUCUCCCCAGGAAGAGAGCAGUCUGGAUAAGCAGCCUUGAUGAUGCAAGAUAUUCUUAUGUCAGAUAAAUUGCCUAUGAAGAGCUGCAGAAUAUCCAUGCAGGACAAUUGGCCUUGGGGAUCUUGGCAUGUUGAGUUUGAACUUGAGGCAUGAGGGUUUUGAUUCUUGCUUGGCCAUGAGGAGGCUAAUUGAAUGUCCCUGGAAAAGUCGCUGUCUGUCUACAUACUUCACAGUGUUGCUCCAGGCUUGAGGGGGGCCCUGGGCAAAAUGCCUUCUCAUGGGCCACUCUCCCCUGUCAGUGGCUUGGUGGAUUUAUCUAGUGACUGAUGCUACGUCAGGGGCAUUGUGGGACAUUACAGCAUUGGCUAGAUGCAGUUGCCUGCCCCUGCUUGUAGCGCUGAGCCAGAAACUAAUCGAAGGCAUCAUUAGAAGGCCCUGCCUGGUACUGAGACCCUGGCAAUUGCCCAAAGAUGCCACUCCUGUAAUGAUAAAUAACUGAGAUUAGAAUUAUCAACCAUUUUGGAGCUUUAUGAAGCUCAUGCCAAUUAUGCUAUGCAUGCUUCAGAAAAUACAGAGCUAAUUACAUUCAUUGGGCUCGGCUUUCUAACAGGUUAGAUUUUAGAGCCACCAAGAGAAAGCACUGAAUCCAUUUUGAUUGACAUGGCUACAGUCUUUUGAGGUGAACAUUAGACUGAGAGCCCAUAACAUCUAUCUUAUGGGGAUUAGGGUGGGAUCAUAAAAUCUGUUGGGCUAAUGAGUCCCACCAGUGGAAGCCUGCAUAAGGAUUUUCACUUGUGCACUGGGGCUUUCCUUCCCCUUCACCUCCACCCUCAAAAAACAGCUCAAGAGAGUCAGGAAAACUGCUAGAACAGCAUGCGAAGGAGGGGAAGGGAUUGUUCCAUCUGACAAACUGAAUACCACCCAAUGUCUGCAUCCUGCCCACGCUGAUAACCUUCAAAUGAGUUGUUUUCAGUGAUGGAUCAGUCCUGAAAACUGCCGUGUCGCUAUUUUGGAUUUCAAAGGAAUGGAAAACGAUGAGUUCUCUAAUGAAAUGUCAAUGGGAUAUCUGGCUUUUUACAAAAUUAGGAGAACUUAGCCGACUUCUUGAAGAGAAGGAGUCCUUUAUAAACCAGCUGAGUCGUGGCAAGACUUCCUUUACGCAAACCAUUGAUGAACUCAAGAGACAGCUAGAAGAAGAGACUAAGGUGACCAUUUAUACAUCUGGGGUUACACCUGCAGUCAAGAGCUGGUAACAGGGAACCAGGACUUAAUUUGUACUGCGGGGAAGCUCACUUGGGCCCUGAAACUAUUUUUCAAUACCCAGAACAUAUCCUGGAAUAUAUCAAAUAAUAGUAAGGAGAAGUGCCUCUGAGUAUGUGCAGAGUGCUUUUCUAUACCACUGAAUAACCACAGUCUGCAUAUUUUUAGGAUUCAGGAACAGGACUUUCAUGGGCAUGUUUGAGAUCCAUCCCCAUCUUUUUGGCUAUAAUGCUAUAAAGGGAACCCUUUAAUGUAGAUAAUAUUGCGUUUCCAUGGGGAGAGUGAAUAAGACAGUAAAUUAUACUCCCAUAGCUGCAGCAAUAUUUUCAGUAUGUUAACAAAUGUCUCUGAUGGGAAAGAUGUUUUUCGAAAGGGAGACAACAGUAGCCUUGAUUCUUCUACAUUCCAUAAAGACUGUAAAUAAGAAAAGCCAUGGCUUCUGGUUCAGCCAGGACAGGGCAGGUGUGGUGAUUAUGUUGGGUGAUUGGCAUGGCCAGUCAGUGGACUGUUUUCCUUGUUGACUCGUCCACCUUGAGCUCUCAAGAGUAUCUGCUCCAAUGAUUGUCACAGGCCCUUUGUUUAAUGUCCAUAAAGAGCCCAGCUCCUCCUACCCUCCAUAUUGUGUAUAUUUUUUGCAUAGAAGGCAACCAUCUUCACAAACAGUUGCUCCUAACUUAUUGAUGAAUAAUCUGUCAGAAUGUAUUGAACCCCAGCCUUCAUUUGACACACUGGGGAGUUAGAACUAUCUACUCCUUGAUAAAUGGACACAUGCAAGGGAGAGAGGCCUUGUUUCCAUUUUACUACAUGCGAUUCCAACCUUCCAGUCCAAGAACGCUCUGGCUCAUGCUUUGCAAGCUUCCCGCCACGACUGUGACCUUCUGCGGGAGCAGUAUGAGGAGGAAGUGGAAGCCAAGGGAGAUCUCCAGCGGUCCCUGUCAAAGGCCAAUGCAGAAGUGGCCCAAUGGAGGACCAAAUACGAGACAGACGCCAUCCAGAGGACAGAAGAGUUAGAGGAAGCCAAGUAAGUCCUAGAGGUGGUCAUUCAUGCAAAAUAAAUUUUGUGCCGUCCCAAUUCUGUGCAGAAAUGAAGCAGCUUUGGCAUUACAGUGUGGCACAAAGGCACCUUUUCGAUUAAGUGCAAUAGGUAGGAUGGCCAUGUGUCCAACUUCACAGAGCACAGUUCUCUGUUUGGAGGUGUUCUCUAUCUGAAAGGCUGGCUGGUCCAGAUUUUUUAAAAGUGUAAGAAGGGAGAAGUACCACCUUGAAGUUGCCCAUCGCCAGUAGGCACCUAGAAAGAAGACAGCAGGUCAUCUGAUCAGUCUUUCCCUUUAUGGUGAGAUGUAUUCUAUAUAAACUCCAGUAAUUCUUUGUAAAUUUGCAUCUAUGCAUAUAAAUUAUGCAAAUUUGAUGGUGUGUAAAUGGCCACCCAAUAGCAGGAGGCAGGAAAAGUCCAUGUUAGGGAUAUAUUUCAGGAAGAGGGAGGAAGCAUGCCAUAAUGAGCUCCAGCUUCCUCCUCAAGUUUCACUUCCCAGUUUGUUGCUUCCGUCUCCCUUGAAGAUCCUUCUCAACAGAAAGGUGGAAAGCAUUGCACCAGGUGGAUGAGAUCUGUGCUGCUUCUAGAGCUCCAUCUCCGGCUUGUGUAGGAGCAGCUAUUUCCCUAGCUAACCAUGAUAAUUUGCAGGAAGAAGCUGGCCAUCCGGCUGCAGGAGGCAGAGGAAGCUGUGGAAGCAGCCCAUGCCAAGUGCUCCUCUCUGGAGAAGACCAAGCACCGUCUGCAGACAGAGAUCGAGGACCUCUCGAUCGACCUGGAGAGAGCAAACUCGGCCGCUGCUGCUUUGGACAAGAAGCAGCGCAAUUUCGACAGGAUCAUUGCGGAGUGGAAGCAGAAGUACGAGGAGACGCAGUCAGAGCUGGAGUCCUCCCAGAAGGAGUCCCGCAGCCUCAGCACAGAGCUCUUCAAGCUCAAGAACGCCUAUGAGGAGUCCUUGGAAAAUCUAGAGACUCUCAAACGCGAAAACAAGAACCUGCAAGGUAUCGUCAGGGCUGUGGGUAAUCCAAGUGGGUACUUUGCAAUCCAAGGAGCUGUUACUGGGCAGGCACAGGUGUCGUUUGUUCUUUUUCUUCUGUAAAGGCAGCUUCUAUCUAGCCCUUACGAUGGGAAGAGAAUGCUUGAAAGUGUGGGAGUAAUGACCUGGAGGUGGAAGCAGGGUAGAGAAUCUGAGCAGGAUCACCAGUGUUCAGGGAAUGAUUUUGCCCUUCUCCUCAGUAACAGGCAGAAAAUAAUGAUUGAUGUGACCCACAUAAGGUCAAAGCAUGCCCUACUUGUGGGUCUCUAUCCUUCCACUUAAGACCAGUAGCCUAAUGAAUGUGUGGGCUCAUCUGUGGACCAAUUUGCAAGGCUGAUUUUGAGCACCUUGGACGAAGGGUGGUGCUGAUGGGUUGAUAGCCUCUUGUAUUUGUGUGUGGCCCAAGUACGUAAGCCAGCCUUCACCAGUCUUGUGUUCUCCAGAUGUUAGCUGGGGCUGAUGGGCAUUUUAGACCAAAACAUUUGGAGAGCACCAGAUUGGCGAAGGAUGGCAUAAGCCAUACCCAUGCGGCAAGCUCAGCAAAGGUCCAGAGCUUUAGGUUAGGCAUUCUGUCCUGUCUUGUCUUCCAUUCUGGGUUUGAUUUUGGUCACCCUUUCCCCCAGUCACUUGGAGAUAGACGGUGGAAUUCAACCAAGUCCUACUUAGAGUGGACCUAUUGAAAUGAAUGAACCUUAGUCAUGUCAAUUCACUCCAGUGGGUCUACUCUGAGUAGAAAAGGCAUUGAAUUCCGCCCAGGAAUCUUGAAUGAGUGGAGUAUCUGAAUACCAGCUACGUGUUAUUAUUAUUAUUAUUAUUAUUAUUAUUAUUAUUAUUAAAAACAACUACAGCUACAUGCAGGCCUAUAAUUCCUAUCUUCCUUACCAGAGGAGAUCACUGACUUGACUGAUCAGAUUGGCAUGAGUGGCAAAACCAUCCAUGAGCUGGAGAAGCUGAAGAAAGGUCUGGAGAGUGAGAAAAAUGAAAUCCAGGCUGCCCUGGAGGAGGCUGAGGUGAGCCCCCAGCUUGUGAGCAGAGGGAGAGCUUCAUGUUGUGGCUGUGCACAAUGUCAGGCUACAUUAUGUGAAAUCCAAGCCAUAUCCCAACUGAAUUGGGGGCUACAGCAAUGCCCUUCAACUUUGAGUCCCAGAAGUUGUUGGGCUCCUGCUGCCAUCAUUCCUGAGUGUGGGCUGUGCUAGCAGUGGCUGAUGGGGACUGGAAUCUACCAACAUCUAGAGGGCCACAGAUUCCCCAUCCCUGCUGUAGCUCAUUGUGCUGCUCCUCAUUUUGGAUUUUGACCAGAAAGCUUUGCCACGUGGGAGUUGUAAUCCAUCACCUAGGGACCCAAGGGACACUGGGCCACAAAGAUUUGGGGCAGUGAAAGGAGUGCCUUGCUUAAUUUGAGGAAUAUGUCAGUGUGCCUGUGCAUGUUCCUAUGGGAAAAUACAAAUGUAGGAAGUAUUGCCCAAGUCCUACAGUGUUCAUGAAGGAUCCUGUUAGGUAGAGCCACAUAGAUGUUAGAACUGUGGCAUUUAGAAACAGUAUCCUUUUAACAUGCAGGCCUUUGACAAGUCGUCUUCCUCUUUCCCACAUUUGCCUCUCAUCCAUCACUUGCUGCUGUUGAUUUUUUUUCUGGCCUUGUCUUGGUGUUGAAUCCUAGCAGGUGGAACAACUAGAGGCAUAGAAGCUGACCAUUUACCUGGCUCCACGAUGGCAUCUAGUGGUCAGAAAAGUACACUUCUGGCCUUUGCCAACAUGGUGCCAGGUUUAUUUUAUUUUAUUUUAUUUUAUUUAUUAUUAAAUCUCUACCUCAGCCUUCCUCCUAGAGAAGCCCAAGGUGGCAAACACCAAAAUAUUAAAAUGCUAACACAAUUAAAUUAAAAACACAACAUUUAAGAACAAUCUCAUAGCCCCACAGCUAAUAAGGUUCAAGGUUCCUAGAAACAAUUAAUGUUAUCUUACAGCAACCAAACACCUGGGUAAACAGGAGUGUUUUAAGUUCAUUAUAACAGUUGUUAAUGAGGGAGAGAGGGUUGGCAAAGUCUCUCACAAAUAUUAGAUAUCUUAAUGAGUUUCAGGCUAUUCAGCACCCCUGAUGCCUUUUUCAAAAAUAAGCUGAAGCAGAUUGAGGGGACUGGGACUCUGGUGAGCCUUUUCAUGAAGUACUUAUCUUUCCUUCUGCUCCUAGGGAGCCCUAGAGCACGAGGAGAGCAAGACUCUGCGCAUCCAGCUGGAGUUGUCUCAGAUCAAGGCUGAUGUCGAUAGGAAACUGGCAGAGAAGGAUGAAGAAUUUGAGAACCUCAGGUAGGUACAGAACAUAGUGUGGCAGGCUGUUCUGUGAAACUAAUUAGGUUUUUAUAGGUUUGGGCCUUCUGAAGCCUUCAUAACCAACACAGAGCAAAUCUACACAGAGAGGCAUCGUUGAGAAAACAAAAGUUGUGACGAAGGUUCACCGGUACUGCAUUUGUAGGUAUAAAGUGCCUCUUUUCUUAAGCAUCUUUCUUCACUCUCCCAGGCGCAACCACCAAAGAGCCAUGGACUCCAUGCAGGCUUCACUUGAUGCAGAAGCCAAAGCCAGAAAUGAGGCCAUCAGGCUGCGCAAGAAGAUGGAGGGAGACCUGAAUGAGAUGGAGAUACAGCUGAGCCACGCAAACCGCCAGGCUGCCGAGUCUCAGAAACUGGUGCGGCAGCUCCAAGCCCAAAUGAAGGUCAGCCAUGUCAGAAACAUGUCUUCACUGAGCCUCUUGGAGCUCUCCUGUAUUUCUGCCUCUCUCCAUGGCUGCUCCACAGAUACCCCUGGUAUCACAUUCCCCCAAGCCCAGCUCUACCGUUAGGCCCCUCAGGUGGCGGUUGUCGAUGGACAGCAUUUCCUUGAAGGACAGAGCCGUGUCUGCCAUGCUGCCUGUCCUGUGUCCUCUUAACUAGCCUGUUAUCCUCAAGUGCCAUGGAAGAUGCUACUCCAUUACCAAUAUUAGAGUAAUAUUAGACUGUGAGUCUAGUUGACUUCUGUAUGUGGAACUGGGGGGUGCCAUCUUGCCCUUUGCCUUAGGCAGGAAGUGUACUGGAUUGGCCCUGCGGGGGCAAGCUGCUGAUGGCAGGUGGGCCAAAUCCAGAGGUAAAUAGGGCCACAGUGCGCAAUCUCUCUCUCUCUUUCUCUCUGCUACAUGCUUACCCCCACAUCUUGCCACCUGCAUGAAAUUAGGCCAAAGGCCUCAUGUGGUUGUUGGGCUACAGGUUCCCCACUCCUCUUUCCUUAUAGCUCUUGCUUCUCUCUCAUAUUAAUCAGACCCCUUUUUUUCUUGUGGUGCCUGACAGGACUUGCAGAUAGAACUGGAUGACACCUUGCGCCAUAACGAUGACCUGAAGGAGCAGGCUGCUGCCCUGGAGAGGCGCAACAACCUGAUGCUGGCCGAGGUGGAGGAGCUGCGUGCAGCCCUGGAGCAAGCUGAGCGUGGAAGGAAGCUGGCUGAGCAGGAGCUGCUGGAGGCCACAGAAAGAGUCAAUCUGCUGCACUCGCAGGUGAGGCAGAGGCUGAGGUCCCAUGUGAGAUACCAACUGCUGGACUCAGUGCUGAAUAGAUGGUUGAAGUGAACUGUUUCAAAUCAGCCCUGAAAAAAUGCAGGGUUCUUGAUCUACCUCCCUUCUGGGGAUAAUUUCUCGCUUGGGCUCAUGGGAAACUGUGUCCUAUGAAUAGCUGCAUGUAGAUUAUUUAUUUAUUAUUUAUUAUUGCCAAAUGUACAACAUACAAGAGGCAUAAGACAAUAUCAGAGGUACACCAUGAGGGUGGGUCUGAGCAGCAGAUACAGGGAGGCUCCAACGAUAGAAAAGAGAGCGGAUCCCUUAAUUAGUUUUGAUUGGUUUUGGUGAUCAGGAAUUGCACAGUGGAUCGUCUAGUAGCAGACUCAGGCCUCAACCAGGGGCCCAGAAUAGUCUGGCUAUGCUGUACAGAAUAUGCACUUCCACACCGAUAGGGACCCAAACCAAAUUGCUCAGCGGUAGAGACAUGAACCUUGAAAAAUUGUGUGUCAUGAAAAAUGACAUGUAUGAGAGGGUGAGAUUACCUGGGGCACACCCGGUUGUGUUGAUUUCAAUGUUCCUAUCUGGUUCAUCUUUUUGCUCAAUUGGCAUGAUUUUAGAUUGAAAGUCGUCGCCAGGGCACUGAGUGUUGCCAGCUGAUAACAAGCAGACGCCCAAUGAUGCAAUCCUUAACUCCAGACGUAUGGCUGCGUUGCUCACACACAUGGGGAGUUUCAGGAGGCGACGGAGAAACUGAUUCUGCAAUGUCCCCAACGAUGUUAAAUUGGACCCUGGGGCCCAGAGCGGGGCAGCAUAACAGAGGGUGGAAACCACUUUUGCAUGGUACACCUUCAAUGCAGAAGGGAUGUGGGAGGCUCCGUCGGCCGCAAAAAAUUGGAGUAGAGUAUAAAGUAUUGUUUUCCCUUUGUUUAGUAAAUACUGUAUCUGUGGCUUCCAGCUUAGGUUGUAGUGAAAAAAGACUCCCAGGUAUUUAAAUUUGAAAACUUGUUCUAAUUGGACUCCAUCUAACUUCCAGCUGUAAGUUUUCCGGGACCUGGUAAAGACCAGGACUUUAGAUUUCCCAUGAUUAAUUGUCAGAUGGUUGAGUUUGCAAUAAGCCGCAAAAAUCUUUAGAGCUCUGCAUAAACCGACUCUAGAGUAGGAAAGGAUCGCUGCAUCGUCGGCAUAUAAGAGCAGAGGGCAGCGAAAAUCAGCUAGGCGGGGGGGCAUGAAUGUUGGCUUGAGACUCAUUCAGAAAGAGCUUCAUAUCGCUAAUAAACAAGUUGAAAAGGAGUGGGGCCAAAAUGCAACCUUGGCGCACACCUCUAUUUAUUGGGACCUCGUUGGAUAGGUUUCCCGCCGGUGUGAGUCUCACUCUAGCCGACGACCCAUGGUGUAAUUGGGUUAUAAGCCAUAACAGCCUUCUAUCUAUGCCCCAUCUCUCUAAUUUCUUCCAUAGACAGUUUCUUGGGAUACUGUCGAAGGCGGCCUUUAGGUCUAUGAAAGCGACACAUAGGCGCCCGACUCGGGGCAGAAUAUUUUCUGGCAAGAUGAUACAUGAUUACCAUAUGGUCAGUGGUCGAAUAAUUGUUCCUAAAGCCCGCUUGCUCGUGGCCAAUCAAAUUUGAGUCGUUUGCCCAAUUGGACAGCUUGGACAGCAAAAAUUUUGCAUAGAUUUUCCCGAUGAUAGACAAAAGGCUGAUGUUCCGAUAGUUCUCCGGGUCAGCAGGGGGACCCUUUUAUGGACUGGCACGAUCACGGCCUCCUUCCAUGACCUAGGGAUAAGCCCCGUAGAAUUAAUUGCAUCAAAGACUUUGGCCAGGAUUUCAGCCCACCACCUCGGUUGCGCAACAAUAGCCUCAGCAGGGACUAGAUCCAGCCCGGGGGCUUUGCCCGAUUUCAGAUCUAAUAUCAAGUCCAUUAUCAGGUCUGGGUCGGUAGAGGGCCACAAAGGUAGAUGGUCGGCUCGGAAUUCAGUGGAUGAGUUGGAUUCCUCUGCCAAGGAGAAAUAUUUGCUCAAGAAUUGUUCCCAUGUGGGCGCAGGGAUAAUCGUCAGUGGGUACUUCCUUCCUCUUUUGUUUAUCAAAGCCCAAAAUUCCUGUGGUCUGCGGGAUCUAGAGGCCGCAAUCAAGGCUCGCCAACGCUUUAGAUGCCACUCACGUUUGGCCAGCUUUAAAGUCUGUUUGUAUGCUCUUUUGGCUUGUAAAUAGGAGGAUGGUAGAGCCUGGGCAUUAGAGUUUUUGUAUUCAUUAUAGAUGGAACGAAGAAGGGAUCUUGCUUGUUUGCAAGAGGUAUUAAACCAAGGGGCCCCAGCACUGCAAUGCGCUACUUUCGCCUUUUGAGGAGGUAAUGUAAAAAAGUGGUAAGGUUUGUUGUAAGAAGGUUAAAAAUUUCAAAACCGAAUUGGAAUCUUGUAAAUCAGUAGCUAUUUGAGGUAGAUAGGCAGUGAUUUCCCUAUGGAAAAAAUCCUGGUAUUUUUGGGCCACAGCCUCCGACCAUUUGAUCCCACUUAUUUUGGUCGCUGAUGAGGUUUCCAGAGGGACUGAGUGUUUAUAGUCCUUCUGGUACCGGAACAAUGACAAAGUGGUCACUAUUGGGAGGUGAUCACUGAAAUGUUGGUUUUCAACCUGGAAGGAGAGUACAUUGACGGCCAAAUUUGCGGAGAUCAAGAGGUAAUCGAUAACACUGUUAGAUGCUGGUCCCAGGUGAGUGAACUCCCCGGUAUAUCGGGGGAAGGUGCCGUUCAAGAAUACUAGAUUCAGGCGAAUGGCCAUUUGGUAAAGGGUCACUCCAGCUUUGUUUACUCUGUUGUCCUUUGAAGUUCUAAUUCUAGCAUGUUCCAAGUCAAAGUUGCCCAAACAUGGGGGAGUCCACCAUUUGGACUUAAUUAGUAGGUCCCAAUUUGUGGCAAUUCGAGCAUUAAAGUCUCCCCCAAUUAAGGAGUACGAGUUAGGGCAUUUGGUAUGACAUGACAAUAGGUGAUUUUCAAAUGAUUCCCAUCUCCAAUCAAGAUCAGGUGCUGAGCCUUCGGGGGGGAGAUAACCAUUAGUAAUUAGUAAUGAGGACUUCCCUUCUGCAAUCAGUCCAGAAAGAGCAAAAGGCGGGAAGCCCGUACCAGGGUGAAUUUGGCGCGAAGUUGGAGUGAGAUCCCAAUCAAACGACCCCCUUGGGGCGACCACCUUUCAAGGAAGGGGAGGCCGGAAGUGUUAGAAGAUCAAAACCGUCUAUGGUAAUCUCUUCCUCAUCCCAUGUUUCUUGGAAUAGGAUGAUGUUAAAUGAAUUUAUGUACUUCCUGAAUUCGGGGUCUGAUUUUUUGGUUCUCCAACCAGCAAUGUUCCAGCUAAGUAUUGAUAAUGUCGGGUCCUUGUGCUGUCCCGGUAAUUGUCACUUUGAGUUGUUUAAUGGGUUCUUGGAGGUAGAGCGAGGACCCAUAAGGAAAUCAGUAAUUUUAGUUUGUGCGGAUAAAGUCUUCUUCUGUGUUGAUUGAAUCCGUGAUUUGGUAACAUUAACAGGCAGGAAGGGCUUUGCCGGGGAGGAAGAAUUAGGCAAAGUUGGUGAGGUCGGAUGCUGUUCAUUGAGGUGAGUAGUAGCAAGUCUUUGAUGGGCUAUACUAGUAGAUCCAUCAGAGUUAUCAGUCUUAACCAGGGUAGCACUAGGAGGUGUUCCAGUCAUCACUUGUAGUUGCUGCGCAGCUGGAGAAGAAUUAUCACGCAGAUGUAUAGAAGGACGUGAACGCGGAGAUGGUACAUGCAUAGUCAUUUCCUGGUGAUCUUCAGACAGGGUAGAUUCUAGCUCAGGCAUUGAGGCAAAGGAAUCGUCAACUUCCAUAUUUUGAUUGGACAUAAAGUCUAAGACGGGAGUAUUGAGUUUAUCAACUUCCUCCACGGUAGAAUGGUGCUGUUGGAGCUGUUGGUCAACAGGUGAUUGCUGAUUCAGAUCAGUAGGGGUAACAAAGUAGCAGGUUGAGAGAUUAUCAGGGCAUUUGAUGGAGACGCCUUGUGGGACGUGGAGUGCCUGCUCUCCUCUCUCAUCGGCAUAGAGGGGUCCCCUUGCGAUAGGAGUCUUUGUUUGAGUAGAUCCAAUCUAUCGAGAAUAGCCUGCUGUUCUUCUGAAGGGAGUUUUCCAUAGGAGAGGAUAAGAUUUCUCUCUUCAGGGAUAUUCCAAUCUCCGCUUGCAAUUGGAUCAUUCCUCAGUGUAGCUAGAUGGGCACUUGAGGUCGCAGAUGGAGCAGGGGGUACCCAGCUAGGUGUUUUCCCCUUUAUUAUAGGAACAGAAGGAGGAAACGAGCGUUCAUUGCCGGUUAAGAUGUUGGCAAAAGAGGUUUAACACUCGUGUCCUUAAAGACUCUUGUUGUUACAAUCUCCCAGGGUGCCAGCCGAUCUUUCUCUCUUGCAAGGAGAUGUGGAAUCCUUGCAGACUGGAAGGAGAGCAUAAAUUUCCUUGGCCAGGGCGUGGCAAUUAGGGGUACUACAGAUAUAAGAUCUAUCUGGGAAAAAGGAAUAUUUAACAAAUCACGUAGGUACCCUUUAGCCAUCCUCAGGUUAUUCCACCUAAGUCUGGGGGCGUCACGGGAAAAAAUGGCUAGACAUAUUUUAUUAGGUUGAAAAAUCAAGGAUUGCCUAUUCCUUUGGGGCAGUGGCGGCCUGCAUCUUGAGCUCUUAAGGUGAAAUUUCUGGUCAGGUUGUCUCUUUAAGGCACUUACAAGCUGCACAGGAGAUUGAUGCAAAUUAGAUAGCUCAGUUGAGGAAGGUAGAUGAGCCAGAAGGGCCCGUGAAAGUUUAUUCAAUGUCAAAGAAAUCCUCCAAUUCCUUGAAAAUGAAGCUUAAAGUCCUGAUUACCAGUUGUAUUUGAUCAGGUACUAAUUCAUGGGCAGUUUGCCCUAAUGCGUCCCGUUUCAAUGACGGAGGUGUAAUUAGGGUAUCAGGGAGGAGGGCUUCCCUAUGGCUUCCGUCCCCGCUGGAUCAGCUAGCUUUUCCGGCUCUCCUUGAUCAUACAGAGGCCAAAAGCGGUUGUAUGUUUCGACCGCAGAAACAAUUACUUGCUCUGUUUUGCUGUUAUUGUUAGUAGAUGGUUGGGGAGAUUCAAGCUUCGACUGCUUUACUCUUGGAGGUGAGCAACCUUUCUCAGCAGAUCUUGGUCGCUUGCCAUGACCCAUUUGUCGCUGUCUCACUAACUACGGAGGUUCAAAGUAGAAUAAACGGAGAUAAAGAGAGAACUUAUCUUUUAUGGGCGCAACUCCUCUGCUACUCCUCCUCCUCCACUUCUCAACAUAGCCCAGUCUUCAAGGCGGCGUUACUAAUCAGCGACAGGCUUUCUCAGCAGAGGGUUUGAAUAUCCUUGUUGAUACGUAUAUUGGCACCAACAGGCCAACCGUAGAAGUAAAACGAUUAAAAACUUCUAACAGAAGUAAAAUAAUUUAAAAGUCUAAUAAAACAACUAUAAAAACGGCAGUAAAAAGCUAUAAAAGGCUAUAAAAGGUUUGUAAUCCGGAGGGUUCACGAAGGAGAAGUUGUUACAGCCGCCAUCUUAAAUCCAGAGCUCCCACUCCAAGAGAAGGGGAUAUGGCUAGAAGACCCUGUAUUUUCUUGUUUACAUAGAAAGGGGGUGUUAUCUCAUUGGGGAAUAUAAACUUGAUUUAGGUUUUUUUUUAAAGCCCAGGAAGAGAUCUAUUUCUUUGCAUUUUGUUAUUUACUCCAUUUAUAUCCUCCUGUUUUUCCAACAUGGAACUUAAAGUGAACCAAUUUGCAUGCAGACUCUCCCAGGUUCAAUCCCUGAUAUCUCCAGUUAAAAGGCUCAAAAGGAGCAGGGGUCAGGAAAGACUCUCUGCUUGCAAGUCUGGAGAGCUGCUUCUCAGUCAGACCAGACAACCCAUGGUUAGAGGGAGUAUUUGUUAGCACCCUUUGUUCCUAAUGUCAUGGCGAGUUCAUUUCCACGGUCCCUUUCUUUCCCAGAACACAGGUCUGAUUAACCAAAAGAAGAAGAUGGAGGCAGACAUCUCCCAGUUGAGCACUGAGGUGGAGGAGGCAGUGCAGGAAUGCCGGAAUGCGGAAGAGAAGGCCAAGAAAGCCAUCACGGAUGUAAGAGAUUGGAAGCCCUUGAGAGGGACUCUUGCACUGUUCCUGUUACAAUAAUGCUUGUUUAGUAUAUAUUAAGCCAGAAACACCCUUUGAACAGACAAAAAACAAAAAGCAGUCCAAUUUCAAAUGCUGAUUCUCUGAAAGUCAGAUGUUGGCUUUUGGAUAUCAAUCUAAAAUGUGAAACGUACAUUUUAAAAUGUCCAAAUUUUGACAGCUGUCCACUCAAUAAAACAUUUGUUUCAGCUCUUGUAGUUAACAGAGGUUUUGACUCAUUACACAAAAUUACCUACAGAGCUGGCAGCUUCACUAUCACAUAUUCACCAGAACAUCUCCAUGCUCUCUGUGUAAUGACUGGCUAGAGCUGGCAAUGCCUCUGUGUUAAUAGGUGGUUGCCUACAGCAUCCCUUUUUGUAGGUGGCAUUCUUGAUGCUGCCACAGCACUUAGGAAUCAGCAGCUGAAGUAGAUGAUGUGAGGAAGGCAUGGCCUGGUCAGUGGUAAGGUGUUGCUGAAGUAGCAGGACAAGAGAGGCAGGACACCUGAGGGUUAGAGAAGGUGAGUGAUCUGCAGCACCUUUGGACAAGGAUAGCCAAAGUGGUGUCCUCUAGGUCUUGUAGACUACAACUCCCAUCAUCCGUGACCAGGCUGGCUGGGGCUGAUGGGAGUUUUAGCUCACAACAUCUGGAGGACACUCUAUUACCUAUCUUUGCUUUAGGAACUAAGGGGCUGACCCUUGGUAAUUUUGGUACAGAGGAGAGGAGAUAAUAAACCAGGGUGAACUCCCAGUUGGGGAUAGACAAUGGCUGUUAACAUAAGUGAAGAACUUGAUGAGCAUGGAGACAGAUUGCGGAGGAGGGAUUUGCUAUAAGGAUUGCAACAUUCCACUUAAUGGGUGAAACUUCUAAAUUAGACCCAGUACCUGAUUGGUUGAAUGGGUAGUGGAGUCUGAAACACAGCUAUGGAUAAUACAGAGGUGUUCACUUUUACUUGUGUCUGGGUAGGCCUAAGCUGUGCUAGUAUGUACGCUGGGCUAUCUCACCCUGCGGGUGUGCAAGAGAGGGUAGUUAUAUGCAUCUGUUCCAGACCUCCAGAUGCUACAUGGACUCUUUGCCCUUUGUCCCACUAGGCAGCCAUGAUGGCAGAGGAACUGAAGAAGGAGCAAGACACAAGUGCCCAUUUGGAGCGGAUGAAGAAGAAUAUGGAACAGACCAUCAAGGACCUGCAAAUGCGGCUGGAUGAGGCUGAGCAGAUUGCCCUGAAAGGAGGCAAGAAGCAGAUCCAAAAACUGGAAGCCAGGGUGAGAACAAGGGGAAUGUAACAUUUUUUCUUGCAGCAGCCAUCUAUGAUCCACAAGGCAAGGAGGAGGAGGGAUUAAUAGAAAUCUGAACUCUGCCAGAUCUGAAGCCACUGGAUAGAUCCUUCCAGCAACAUCCUUUCCCAAUGCCACUCUUGGUGUUCUGACUGAAUGCUGCAAAGUGUUCCUCUGAGCCCAACCCAGAACUGCUUAUCCUAAAUCCCUAACACUCAUACAAGCUUGAGCCCCACCACCUGCUAUGCUAAGCAUUCCAAGAAUGCUUCAUCAUAACUUGGGCUGUACUCAUGAUGUACAUCUGCAGGGAGAAUUUGUCAUUCCAAUAAUAUGAGGAUUCUAGCCCUCAUGGUUCUAGGAAACAGCUUGGAAAUGUGUUGACUUAGGAGGCUCCAACUCAACCAUUUCCUGUUGCGUUCAUUUCCCCUCUAUUGCUCAUGGGUAGGUUAAAAAAAAUCAUGCAGAAAAUUAAAUUGCCAAAUGCCCUUGCAUGAUUUGUUCUGGUACCAUUUUUUGAAUUCCCUUGACACUGAAUGAAAUACUGUGUUCACCAAUAUCCCUAAAAGAUGCUAGGUUUUUAUUUGAGAGAAGGUCCUAGUUGAGAGGGAUUGACCAAGGAUAGGCCUGGAGAAUAGUGCAAGUUGGCCUCUUCUCUUCCAGUUAUAUCCUGUCAUAGGAAGACAAGAUGCUCAGGGUACUCAGCCCUGAGUUGACAAAAUCUCAGCUACAAGGUUCCUGCAGGGAUCUAGAAUGUGGGAGUAUAGGCAAGUCCCCCUCUAACGUCUUCCUAGUGUGACAUACGAACAUCCACAUGAAUUCCUACUUCCUUGCCGAGUGUGACAAUUAUAUCCUUCAUUCUAGGUUUCUUCUCUGAGUCAAGUAAAGACAGGUGUAAAGGAACCUAAGCCACCCUAUUUGUUCUUUUCAGGUGCGUGAACUGGAGGGUGAAUUGGAUGUAGAACAAAAGAAGUAUGCAGAGACUCAGAAGGGUAUUCGCAAGUAUGAGCGCAGGAUCAAAGAACUGACCUAUCAGGUACAAGCCUCAGCAUCUUCACACCAAUUUCCCAGCCCCUUGUUUUAUUAGCAGUAGAGCUGCGCCAUAAGUGGGGGGGGGGCUUUAAAGGUCUGCCCCCAUGUAUUCCCCUUCCUCAUCCCAACAAUGCAAGGGUGACUGAAAAAUGUGGCAAGUUCCAACAUAUGGAGGACCACAUGCUACUGGAUAUGGAGAUCAAGGAGGGGCUGGAUUAAUCUAGGGAAGGUGAAGCUCCAAGGGAGCAGAAGGGGAAAAUCCCUGUGCAUAGUGUGGGAGAGAAUCACUGACAGGAAGAGCUGAGGUAUCCCAUGCUUUGCUAUUUGCUUUUCAGACUGAAGAGGACAGGAAGAACCUGGCACGGAUGCAGGAACUGAUUGACAAACUGCAGAGCAAAGUCAAGAGUUACAAGCGCCAGUUUGAGGAGGCAGUAAGUGUGGCGCUGCAUGGGCAGAGACUUACAGGCAGCAGAAAACGUGCUGUCUUUACUCACAGCUCCCUCUGGUCUUGUGGGAACCCUAGUGUCUACAUUCCCCAUGUGUUGCUGCAGUUAAUUCAAAGCAAGAAUCAUAUUCAAAAAGUGACACAACAGGAGCUCUGACACCUUAAAAUGUCACUCUCAUGUGCUUAGGGCAAAUCAGCCUUCAUUGCCCCUGCACCUUAUUGCUCUUAUAUAUGAGGAACCUCUGGCCCCCAGGGGGGAAAUGUGGCUCCCAGGCCUUAGUAUCUGGCCCUUGGAACUCUCUGCAGGCCACACUCUUCACCAAUCCUGCUCCAAGCCUUCCUUAAGUGUUUUGUAUGGCUGGAAAGUAGCCUUUACCACCACUAGCAUAUGGCCUGUGGAAGGAUGUCCAUAGGGCAGUGCUACCCCUUGGGCUAAAAAAGAUUUCCCAGCCAUGCUAUAGGCUCUGAAGGCACAAGGGCAAAUUCACACUCACACCUGCCUGCAAACCUUUUUCCAUGUGUCUAAGCAGACCAUACUUGCCACAGGGGUAUCUAAUCACAGGGCCACUACCAGUUCUGCUGUCUACAUCCAUCCCCGUCUUUCCUUCUUAGGAGCAGCAAGCCAACUCCAACCUUGUGAAAUACCGCAAGGUGCAGCACGAGCUGGAUGAUGCUGAAGAGCGGGCAGAUAUCGCAGAGACACAAGUGAACAAACUGCGGAUUCGCACUAGGGAAGUUGUACCUCUGAAGGUAAAGGCUAAGCUACCACAAAGCUUGUGAGGAUGGCUUACUGGAGGGGGAUGCAAAUCGUUUUGUUUUGAAUGCUAGUGAUAGAGAAUAACCGAGCCAGCUAAAUCUAGUGGUUUCUAGAUAGCUUGGACCACACCCACCCACCACUAAGCCAGAUGAUAAGCCAUGCCUUGUCUAUCUGGUUUAUUUUAUUUUCCAGCUGCUCUUUCCUUAUGCCUCUGUAGUUUGGAGAGCUUCUGGAAAGGGGUAGACAAACCAGCCAGCAUUAAGCUACUGGGUUCACAUAUUACCAAGCCAGUUAAAACAAACCAGGAUUCAUAAGCCAACAAACAACCAUGGCUUUGGAUCAUGGUUUAUUAGCAGUAAACAAUUCAUAGUUAAGGUGCAGGACAGGGUUCACACAUAGUGCUAAGCUAUGGUUUAAUAUUAUUUGGAAGAUGACCAAGCUCUACCACUCCAGGAAAGUAGGACAAGUCAGCACUCAAGAGCAGUGGCUGCAUCCUUGGGUUGCAACUUGGAAGGAAAAGACUGAGGGAGCGGUUGGGACUCCGCGAAGUUCCUGCAAGCUACUCUGAAACAUACUUUCUGUUUUUUUAUUAACAGUAUGAAGAAUAAGAAGCUGCAGUGCAACAUCCCUUCUCUCACCAUGUAUGUCAUUGUGUAGAUGUAAAUGGCUGCAACAGCCAUCACCGUCUCUGUAGUGAAUAAAACCUAGCAUUCAUGAGAA